UUAUAUCUACCUGGACGGAUGGUCUGUUUUGAUGGCUCUGCGCGCUGGUCGUGGCUAUCAGGGUGAUACAAGAUAAACACGAGAGGAGAAUCCAACUGGGCCUUGAAAAUGGUAAACAGUGCACCAUCUUCUCCCACACUCAAAACCAGAAAUGAUGUGUUGAAGGAGGAGCAGAGAGGAGGAGACUAUGAAGUGGAGCAUCCCUUUCCCCCGUGCCCCGCCACCAUUAUUACUCUACUAUAACAACUAUGUUCCCGCACACGAGCAAAACCAGGAAACGCUAUGCUCCCAAUGGCAAUUGUCAAAACACGCUAACACAGCUGAGCCUGUCACAUUGGCAUCCCAUAACUACGCCUUGCCAUUCACAACAUGGCUCCCACGUGCUGCCAACCACAAUAUGGAGUGCUAUCACCCUACACAUUAAGCAAUUACCCCCCCGCGAGGAGUGCCAUUCGCAACAUGUCACUGUCUCCGAUGCGGGGGACAUUUUGUUGGAGCUUUGAAAGUCAGUCAAACCCCAGAAAAAAAUAUUUCUUCAUUGUGUCGUGUAUAUAACACUGGAGACAAGUUUUAAUAUAGUUUUAUCUCGGUGGCUGGAUACAAGAGAAACACGCAGCAUGACUUUCAAACAACCGAGGCAGCAGGUUUUCUAAUAACGUUGUGAACUUCGUCACUCUCUUGAGUUUAGAACCGAUGAGAGUUUUGUUAGUCAGGUGACACUUUGCGUUUUUCUCUCGUGUUUAGAACUCGCCGCCAGUAAUUUGAAUGGCGUGUCGGUCCAUACUGGUGUGGAUUCAUGUCAAGUCGCGCUUUGGUGACGUUUACCAGUAGCUGAGUGGUAGACACGGGGCUUUGCAAUGGCUGUGCUGUUGGAAACAACGCUGGGGGACAUUGUUAUAGAUCUUUAUACUGAGGAGAGACCCAGAGGUACACCGUGCUGUGAGCAAGUAUGGUGUGUGAAUGCUAAGCUGCUGGCUCAUGUAAAGCUCAUGCUUUCAUUGACGCGUGUGUGUGUGCAUGGUAGGCAAUAUGCUGGAAUACAGGAUGAGCAUUGCUUCUUUACUUAUUAUGGUUAUUCCUACAUAUUCCUAUUAAGGCUGUAUUGGCAUACCUCCCAAGUGUCCCUAUUUAGGAAGGACGGUCCUUAUUUUGGGCUUACAUCUACCUCUUCCUCUUUUCUACCCCUUUGUCCCUCUUUUUUUCUAAGAUUAUCAGCGUGUGUGUAACAGCUCCACAGCAAUAAUGCACUCCCAAUAAUUAGUGAGUGUCAUUUAGUAGUGUCUUUUAACUACAAUUAAUGCAUUUAGAAAUCAGCCUGUGUAAAUAACUUGUUCUUCUAACUUACAUGUUAUUUGCAUAAAUAUGUUAAUUGGUAAGUCACAUAAAAAUUCUCAGAACAACACCAUCCUUGGCCACACCCUCACGAACACCCUUAAAAUUAGUUUCCCUUUGUCCAUUUUAAAUGUUGGGAGGUAUGGACUGAUAUUUACUUUAACCCCUUAAGGACUGGAUCUUUUUUGCGAUGUUGUACAUUUGCGACCAGGCAUAUUUUUACACUUUUGUUGUGUUUGUGUUUGGCUGUAAUUUUCCGCUUUCUCAUUUACUGUUCCCAUACAAAUUAUAUAUUGUUUUUUUCAGGACAAAAGGGGUUUUCUUUACAUACCAUUAUUUAUAUAAACUCAUGUAUUUUAAUUUAAAAAAAAAUAAAAAAAAUAUGAUGAAAAAUUGAAAAAAAUACAUGUUUUUUUACUUUUACUUGAAAAAUCUUUUACUCAUCUACAAAAGCGAAUGAAAAAAACUGCUAAAUAGAUUCAAAAUGUUGUCCUGAGUUUAAAAAUACCUAGUGUUUACGUGCUUUUUUGCUUUUUUUUGCAUGUUAUAGGGCUAUAGGUACAAGUAGGAUAUUGCGGUUUCAAAACAUACAUUUUUAAAAUUUAUCAAUAGUGACAUUGUAACACUAUUAUCUGUCAUAAAUCUCUGAAUAACACCCCACAUGUACAUAUUUUUUUUAAAGUAGACAACCCAGGGUAUUCAAUAUGGGGUAUGUCCAGUCUUUUUUAGUAGCCACUUAGUCGAAAACACUGGCUAAAGUAAGCAUUCAUAUUUGUUUGUGUGUGAAAAAAGUAAAAAAACUAAAUUGAACGCUAAUUUUGGCCAGUGUUUGUGACCAAGUGGUUACUAAAAAAGACUGGACAUACCCCAUUUGCAAUACCUUGGGUUGUCUUCUUUUGCAAAUGGUAUGCCAUCAUGGGGGUAAUUCUCAUUCCUGGGCUACCAUACGCUCUCAAAGGCAACGUAACCAACCUGGCCAUUUUCAAUGUAAAAAUAUUUGACCCUUAUAUUUGACCUUGUAACUUUCAAAAAUGCUAUAAAACCUGUACAUGGGGGGUACUGUUUUACUCGGGAGACAUCGCUGAACACAAAUAUUAGUGUUUAAAAACUGGAAAACGUAUCACAACAAUUAUAUCAUCAGUAAAAGUGCUGUUUGUGUGUGAAAAAUGCAAAAAAAGUCAACUUUCACUGACAAUAUCAUCGCUGUGAUAUGUUUUACUGUUUUGAAUCACUAAUAUUUGUGUUCAGCGAAGUCUCCCGAGUAAAACAGUACCCCCCAUGUACAGGUUUUAGGGUGUCGUAGAACGUUACAGGGUAAAAUACAGUGCUAGCAAAUUAAAUUCUCUGGAAUUUCGGCCUGGGUUGGCAGGCAGGUCCCUCAAAUUGCAAUCAAUAAAAUUACUGAAUUAUGUAAAAAUAUUACAUAAAUACGCACGUAGAAUUUAAAUAUAUAUGCAUAUUUAUAUAUUUGAAGUCUACGUUUAUUUAUGUAAUUUUGUAUAUGGACAUGUAUAUUUCGUAUUAUUUUUAUAUAUAUAUAUAUAUAUAUAUAUAUAUAUAUAUAUAUAUAUAUAUAUAUAUAUAGUUAUAUAUACGUGUAAUUUAAUUAUAAGUGUAUUUUUAUAUCAAUAUAAGUACAUAUUAAUAUAAAAAUACACUUAGUAUGACAUUAUAUAUAUGAUAUAUAGACAUAUAUUAUAUAGAUAUAAUAUAUGUCUAUAUAUCAUAUAUACACAUAUAAUUUUUUAUUUUUAUGUUUAUUAACACUAACUUUAUUUUUUUCUUCUGAUUUUACACUAGCAGGGAGACUGCCUGUCAGCACAGACAGUCCCCCUGCAGGCAGACACAUGGACACCUAUUGUGACCAUGUGAUCGCUGUGUUAAGCGAUCACAUGGCCACAGGGGUCCUAAUUCAGUGUGGGAGACUGUCUGGGCUGCAGGCAGUCUCCCCACAACCGGAGCCACGCUGAUCGCCGCCGGGGGAACGACGGCGAUCAGGUAAGUACCUCUGACCGUUAGGACGGUUCAGGACCGUCAUCGGUCGGCAACGCAAAAAUGCCGAUGACGGUCCUGAACCGUCCUCGGUCGCGAAGGGGUUAAUGUAGGUUCCUCAAAUAAUGAAGUUUUUUUUUUUUAAGUGGAAUGAUAUGGGAUGCACUAUAAAUUUUGUCUCCUCUGUAAGUAUAACCAUAUGCAUAUUUUAUUAAAGGGUCAUUCUAAGUACAAAAAUCAGGUAAUAUUAGUGAGGUGGAUUUGGUGCAUUGACUUUGUCUCCUUACAAAACUAUAUAUUUCUAACACUAAAGUGUUCUGUGUUCCUAAGCCCCCAACUUCGAUUCCGCCAUCAAGUAAGGGUUAAAAACUUUUUUUACAGUUACUGCAUGCCAGCGCUGAGGUCCCUCGACGCUGGCUCCAUCUCCUCCAAAGUCAGCACUGAAUGCUGUGCACGCAUUAGUCCUUCCCCAAUAGGACAGCAUUGAUUCAGUGCUGAGAUUCCUCUCCAUCCGGGCUGGAUGGAGAGGAAGGGGUUAAACACUUACCUUUCUCCAGCGUGGGAAUCUCCUCCCUCUUCUUCCGUCAUCGGCUGAAUGCACAUGCGCGCGCGCAUUCAGCCAGUCUCAUAGAAAAACAUUCUCAAUGCUUUCCUAUGGACACUGGCGUCUUCUCACUGUGAAAAUCACAGUGAGAAAUGCGGAAGCGCCUCUAGCGGCUGUCAAUGAGACAGCCACUAGAAGCUGGAUUAACCCUAAAGUAAACAUAGCAGUUUCUCUGAAACUGCUAUGUUUACAGCAGAAAGGGUUAAUCCUAGGUGGACCUGGCACCCAGACCACUUCAUUAAGCUGAAGUGGUCUGGGUGCCUAUAGCGGUCCUUUAACGUUUAUGCUUGACUAUUAUCUUAGAAAUUAAAUGUAUGUGUAUAUAUUUAUUUGGACAUGGAUACAGACACCCAUAUAAGAGAUACAGCUUUUGUGAAGUGUGUCCUGCCCUAAAUUAUUUUUAUUUUUUUCUCCUCCUUCAGCAUCCUUAAAUUUUCUGAAACUCUGCAAAAUCAAAUACUACAAUUAUUGCCUUGUUCACAAUGUCCAAGUGAGUAUUAUUUUGACUUUUUUACCAAAACAAUUUUAAAUGGUGUAGGUUAUAGAAUUGUUUAAUACUACUGUACUAGUAAAAUGUUUGAGUACACCGUCUUUAAACCAAGGCCUUGAUUUAAUAAGCUUUCCAAAUGAUUUAGAAAAGUUUUGAAGUGAUUUAUCUACAGAAGUCACCAUUAAAAUCUAUAGGAAUUUUUGUAGAUAAAUCAUUUAGAAAUGUUCACAACAGAAUUGAAUCGUUUUGAAAGGCCCCCAGGACAAAUAGAAGAGUUAGAUAAUCUACUAGUUGAGGAAAUAGCUAAAAUGACAAUGAAGGGGGAAGUUAUCAUCAUGGGUGACUUUAAUCUUUUUGAUGUGAAUUGGAAAACAAAAAUAGCUGCUUGUGCCAGGGGCCCACACAUUCUAAACUCCCUACUGGGAUGGUCUCUAAAACAAGUCGUUGAGGAGCCAGCUCGUAAAGAGGUGAUCAUCAGUCGGUGUGGUUUAAUUUAAGAAUAGUGAUUGAGUCACACCUCACAAAAACAAAAGUUAGAAAAUUUAGAAAACCAGACUUUUCUACAAUUAGAAUAUGUGUAAAGGAGUCCUUAUCAGACUGGAACAAUUUAAAUGUCGGUUCUUGGUUAAAGUGCUUGCAUAUAUAUGUUUCGAGACACAAAGUGACAAAUAAUAGUGCAAACUGUUUUGGCAUAAAAUAGGGCUCACAACAGUAGUAUAUGAGGUAGCACUCACAUGUUAUAGAGCUUAAAUUAGCGCAAAGUAAGAUUGCUUGUAGCGGCACAAUCCGCACUGAUGGAUAUAACUUAUGAGGCGAAUAUCUCUGUGUUCAGGUAGGUAUAUGAAAGAAAAUAUCAAAUAGUGCUCACUGUAAACAUAAAUAUGUGAUGCAAUGGGGUCGGGGCCCGAGCGGAAUGGCGGCUGGACGUGCUUCUUAUGAACUUUCAGCCUUACUCUAAAAACAGCCGUGGUAAAGGUAUUUAACACCAUCAUAUAUCUCAUUCCCAAGUGUAUUUUAUGCCCUCACUCCCUCCUAUCUAUUAUUCAUUUAGAAGCAUAUUUAUGUAAGUGUAAUAUGUAUUUUGGAUCUAUUUUUGGUUUCCCUUAGUUUCAGCCUAAACUCCCUAGUAUUGCCUGUCACUGCAAGGGUGCAUAAUUUAUUAUUGCACUAUGGAAUAUUGCUAUUUAAUAUAACUUGUGCAGUGCAUCAAUAAUUGGACCCAUGGCUAGAGGACAAAUGGCAGAGAGAAAUUGCUCUUUUGAUCAAAAGGGGCUUCUGCAAGGUGUGAAACGGAAUGCCGUUUUUGAACUUUCAAAGGUCCUGCAAGGUGAAACAUUUUACACUCAAGCCAUCUGUAUGACUAGUUUCAAUGUAAACUAACUGACUUUGGCCGGAAACUCUCAAUUGAUAGUUCAAUCCUUUUGAUAUGGUAAUGGUAUUAGUUUCAUGAAGAGCCUUCCUUGUGUUCCAGUAUUAUAUCCAAGAGAAACAUUAAUACUUACCCACAGCUUAAUAAUUAAGCCUCAUUUUUAUUAUAUUUGGAAUGGGACAAGGAACAUAUCAGUAUGUUACAAAAAAAGAAACAAACAGCCAUCAGACGAAACAGAAGUAUAAUAGACAGUUGAAAAUCGUUCCUUAAGUCUGCUGACCAACGAUAGUGCUGAGUGAUAUACAAAUCUUCCCAAAGUCACAAGGUAUUUUUAAGAUAGACUUUAUUGGGCGAAAAGAUAUAAGUGCAUCUUUAUCAGAUACCUCUGAUGAAGUGACAGGACGUCACGAAACGCGUAAGGCUGCAUCUUUCCGUACACACACUCACAGUGGAACGCACGCGGUGGAUUCCCUCGACGAGCUGUUUCUCACAACGACUCUGAUACUAUCUCUGAAGCCGGCUUUGAGGAGGCAGUAUUCCUAGAGUCUGCAGAACACUUGGAGGAAGACAUCAAAAGGAAAGUUCCCUUUCAUUCGCUUUCUGUGAGCUGUUUUUAUGCAUUUAUAUUUUUUAAUGCACUUAUAUCUUUUCGCCCAAUAAAGUCUAUCUUAAAAAUACCUUGUGACUUUGGGAAGAUUUGUAUAUCACUCAGCACUAUCGUUGGUCAGCAGACUUAAGGAACGAUUUUGUUUUAUUUUAGAUGUACAACUGUCCAUUACACAGUUAUACUUCUGUUUCGUCUGACGGCUGUUUGUUUCUUUUUUUUGUAACAUACUGAUAUUUGUUACUUGCAUUCAGUUUGUUACUAUAUAAUUAGCUCAUACUGGCUAGUUUCCCUGCUAUAUAUGUAGGGGUAUACAAGCUAUUUGAUUUCCAUAUGAGCAUACAUCAUAAGGACUUUCUCUGGACUCUUGUACAUUUGUAUUAAGACUGUGGACUUUAUCCAAUUGUAAUCAUUUUAUUCUCAUAUUGCACCAAUUGGCUAUAAUAGCUAUUUAGUAGUACGGUGUAGGUCAAGCGAUUUAGUUUUUUCUUUUCUUUUUGAUAUUUACUUUUUGGUGUGGAUAUCCACUCCUGGUUUAAAGUAUUAGGUUUUUCUAUUUUAGUAUUUGUGUAUUUAUUCAACCUAGGGUGUGGGUUGUUUUACCAGUUGGUUAGUGGAUAUUCCACUUUUUUUUUUUUUUUUCCUCUCAUUAUUUUUUCCUCCCUGCAGUUCCAAGUGGAAUUCUUUCCUCUUGGUUCUUUUUGAUAAAUAGUGAACGUUAACCCUUUCACUACCACAACUACCUCACACACACUCUUGGAGUAGGGUGCUUUCGUGACAUAUUUGCCCACAUCCAGAAUGGCUGCAGCUCUGUUCCUGUACUACCUGUUGUAUUAAGUUUAAGCACUGCUCAGAUAUGAGCAUAUUUAUUAUACAAAACAUCUGCUCACUCAGAUACUGACCCUUUUCUACCUCUUAUUGAUAGCUUACCAAAACUAGCAGUUUUCCAGCUAUAAUAACUACCAAACACUUAAUACCCAUAUCCAAAAUGGCCAAUUCACCACUUCCUGUGGGUGGAUUUUCUGACAUCCAAAACAUAAACUCUAUACUAUUUUAAUCCACACAAAACGUGGUCCUUUACUACUGUUCCAUUAUCCUAUGAAUAAAUUAAAUGUAUCCACUAGUAAUUAUAUUAAUGGUUUUUCAUAAUUCAGUAUAGUACAUAACAUGUAAACUUGAGGUCAAAUUAUGUAUUUUUGGUGCCAAAAUAGCUAUUUUUUAAUUACCAUAUCCCUAUAUAAUACUCCUAUGUGCCAGGUCAAUCUGUUUACACUUGAAAAAGCCUUUAUUGGUGAAACGUGUUGUGUAAUAUUGUAACUUUUAUGUUUUAUUUUAAGCAUUAAAGUACAUUUGGUUUUAAUUCACUUUGUUGUGAUAGACCAUUUAUUACACUUUGUAUGCAAUUUAAAAGUUUAUUUGUUCCUGGCACACCUAACUUCAGUUCUGGACAACUAUUCCCCAACAUAUCCCUGGUGGGGAUUAUACCACCCAUGCACAGAUAUUUGAGCAACUUAACACUCUAUCAAAUGUGAGUAUAAUAAAAAAUUUUUGUACUGCAUCACAUAUUUAUGUUUACAGUGAGCACUAUUGGAUAUUUUCUUUUUCAUUCAUAUACCUGCCUGCACAUUGAGAUUUUUGCCUUAUACGUUAUAUCCAUCAGUUGGGAUUGUACCACUGCAAGCAAUCUUACUUUGAGCUAAUUUAAGCUCUAUAAUGUGAGUGCUACCUCAUAUACUGCUGUUCUGAGUCCUAUUUUUCUGCCAAAACAAUUUGCACUAUCAAGAGAAUUCCCUACAUAUAUUUGCAAGCAUUAAGAGCCAACAUUCCCCAAGAAUCCAGAAACAGAUAGGAUUGCGAUAUUUGGACUGUGAAUAUAUAUAUAUAUAUUUUUUUUUUUUUUACUGUGUGUGUGUGUGUGUGUAUGUAUGUGUAUAUAUAUUUCUUAUUAGAUUAUACUGGUUUACACCUUUUGGUGCAACUUGUUUUUUUUGUAUGUUAUGCUGUCUACUUUUAGGUUUUGCAGAUAUCCCCUGUACCCAGUGUUUGCUGCGUAAGUCUAGUCAGUUGUUUCCUUAGCACCUAUUCAUUUUCGUGUUUUCCUAAAAGUCUCUAUAUCUCUCUUCCCUGUCAGAAUAUAAUAAAGAUCAAAAAAGAGGUUUCGACUCUGCGAACCGAUUUCAGCCUGCUCUAGCAUUCAGGCAAUGAGAACACUGGGAAUCCUCAUGUUGUGUAUUCCAGCAGUAGGCAAGAGCAUGAUUAAGACCUCUUCAGUGGUCCACAAAUGUUGUAAACGAGCUAAAAUGGUGGAAUAAUUCAGAUUUCCUGAGUCUAGGCAUUUUCUUUCUGCCAAAAAGAUUGGCUUACAAUUACCACAGCCGCUUCAAUAACUCGUUAGUGCGCUAACCUGAAUACUGUAAUUCGCCGAGGCAGGUGGACUAAAGAAGAGGCACAGCAUUUCUUCAACAUCAGGCAACUAAAGGCACUUCUGAAGGCUCUACUUUCUUUCGAGCCAUGGACCACAGGAAACCUGUAAGGAUUCAAUCAAACAUUGCAGUUGUCCCCUUACUGAACAAACAAGGAGGUACAAGACUAGCUUGUCCUGCCUGUGCACACAGAUCAUGUUGUGGUCAGAAGAAGACUAGAAGCCAUUUCAGCUAUUCUCAUCAGAGGAGUAGUAGACCACGUUAUAGCAGGUGAUGACCAAGGAACAGUGGACAUAAACAGAAUGACGGCUAGACCUGAAAAUGUUUUGUAAAAUCACAAAAAAGAUCGGCCAAUCAAGAAUAGAUCUCAUGGCAACAAGGCUGAACAGGAAAGUACUAACUUGUUUCCCUGUCCUGGACAGAUCAACUGGAUUAUUUACAUGGCCUAUCUGUCACAUGGGACUUCAGCCUAGUAUGCAUUUUCAUAAAAGUCUCUGACUCAACAUAUUCUACAGAAAAUGAGAUCAGACAUCAACUGUGAUUGGAAAUACACAUACCAAAAAACAGGCAUCUACAAUGCAAAGAUUAAAUUUGAGAUCUGUAAAAAGGCAUAUCAAUAUGUUGAAGGGUAUCUUCGUAUCUAUAUCAUAGCAUAUAGGAGAAAAAUAAAAAGAUAAUAGUGCAGAGUUUCUAUAACCGGGUAAACCUUUUUAUAAACCUUGCACUUACAAGAUAAAAGCAAAAGAUAGGCACAUCUCAAGGAAAUUGCUCGAUGUAAGAAGGCAGGCACUCCCACUGUUGGAAUACAGAGUGUGCUAAAAUCCUUCUCGAAGCGCCAGAGUAAAAUACAAUAAAAAUAAAAGAAACUCUAAUAGCACAUAACAAAAAAGCCCUACGUGUUUCGUUCAAAUCAUGAACUUCUUUAGGGGCAAUAAGGCAUCAGUACAUAUCCUUAUGCAGUCUGAUCCGUGAGAGUCUGUGGAACGCUAUAAAUACAUACAAAAGUUCCUGCAUGUUGCCAUCAGCCUAUCCGCAUGGAGGUAUCACAGCUGUAACUCAUUGUUCUGAGACUUGCAUUCCAAGUCUCGUUUUCGUGUAGGGUUCCGUCAAUGGUCUGAUGAUGCCAUCAUCUUUCGCCGGUAUGCGUUCCACACUCGUAAAUGCGUUCCAUUCGCAUUACGGAUAUGAGUUCAUAUAGUCCAUAAUAAAUCGAUACGAAAAUAUAUAACAAAAGAAACAAAGGAUUAACAAACUGCAACGUUAAGUUAAUAAUGCAUACAUGAUUAAAAAGUAAAAAUGGGUAACAUUAUGAAUAUAUGUACAAGGUAAAUGUAAUAUUGGACUAAAUGACAGAGCGAGAGAGAGAAUAGGGAUAUUGAAAAGAAAUGUGGAAAUAAAAUAUGAAGUGUAUAGAAUAAAAAUAGAGAUAAGAAAAUUAUAUGAAAUGAUAAACCUAAAGAAAACACAUCAGGUCAAAAUCUACGUUAAGACCUUUUGGCCGCAAAGUUUGCAGCCUGUGAAUCCAACCCUCUCUGUCUCCGUUUAGUCACAAGAUCCCCGCCCCUGUGAUCUAAAGAAACUUGUUCGAUAUCAACACAUUGUAAAUCAUUUAAAUUAAAAGUGGGGCAUUUCAUGCCGUGUACAGGGACUGAGUGAGUUUGUAGAUUUUUCUUAAUUUUGUUUUUAUGUUCUAAAAAUCUGGUUUUCGCCUUUCUACCCAUCCUCCCUACAUAUUGCAUACCGCAACUACAAGUUAGCAGGUAUACAACAUGAGUAGAAGAACAGGUAAAUAGGCUUUUGAUCUUAACCCCUUAAUGACACAUGAUGGAUAUAUUCCGUCAUGAUUCCCUUUUUAUUACAGAAGUUGUGUCCUUAAGGGGUUAAAGGACCACUCUAGGCACCCAGACCACUUCAGCUUAAUGAAGUGGUCUGGUUGCCAGGUCCAGCUAGGAUUAACCCUUUUUUGCUGUAAACGUUUAUAAUAGGGUUAAUCCAGUCUCUAGUGGCUGUCUCAUUGACAGCCGCUAGACGUGCUUCUCACAGUGAGAAGACGCCAGCGUCCAUAGGAAUGCUUUCCUAUGGACUGGCUGAAUGCGCGGCUCGUGCCGCAUUCAGGCGAUGAGGAGGAGGGUCCCCCACCCGGCGCUGGAAAAAGAGGUAAAUUUAACCCCUUCCGCCCCCUAGAGCCUGGCGGGAGGGGGGCCCUGAGGGUGGGGGCACCCUCAGGGCACUAUAGUGGUCCUUUAAAUUUCUCAAAAGUUCAAUUACUAUUAAAUUCCUUUACAACAGUAUACUUCUAAUUGCAACUUUUGCAAUUGCCACAUGUAUAGAAUCCCUUUUUUUUAGCUCCUACUUUGGUGGAACGAAAAGUGCUUGGUGAUAAAAUAUCUUUAAAACUAGUCCCUUUUCUAAAAAUAAUUUUAGGAUUGUGAGGUAGUCGUUGUUUUAAAAAAGCUCAACUGCGAUUUCCAUCAUUCCUUGUUGGCCAAACCAAAGUUGAUUUUCAGAGACUGAUGGCCUAGUCAAGUUGUGAUCUUCCUAUCAGAGAACCGAUUGUGGAGAAUAAGGAACUCCCAAUGGAAACACUGAAGAUGUUAAAACUGAUGGCAUGAUUAAUCCUCAGGAAUCCAGGAGGGAAGAACCCUUGAGAUCUAUAUCACCUGUUCUUCAUCGUUCAGAAUAACCCUUUAAUCUUCAAAGUGCACAUUUGGAAGCAUCCUAGGCAAUUAUCACUAGUGGUUGACAGAGACCAUCUAGAUGGCCUUUGAAUUAAAUGGGCAAUCACUAUCUACCAUUAUAAAGGCACAUACCACAAGAGCUAUGGCUACAUGUAGGGCAACAAAAGCAUUUGACUCUCCUGAGAACAUCUGUUAAGUGGCGAUAUGGUCAUCAAUCAAGUUGACCGGAAUUAUUUCUUGCUAUUACCGAGUCUGUGGGAUCAAGUGUUUAAGAUAUGAUGGGGUGGAUUUCCUCAAAUAAUUUUUCACGUUUUAUUAUAGACUACUCGUCCACCUGAAGGUAGAACAUAACUCCUGUAGUGUCGCUUUACUAAGGAAAAAAGAAUUUGCGAUUAAGUAAAAUUUGUUGUUUUUUUGUUUAGAGAGACUUUAUUAUACAGACUGGUGAUCCGUUGGGCACAGGACGAGGAGGAUCUUCUGUUUUUAGGUAUGGUUCUUAUGGUUUUCAUUUUAUUUAGCUAUUGUGAGACACAACAUGUUGGUAACAGGAAAAAAAUACCUUGAUGUAUUUAGAUAGCUUUUUCAACUUUUGUUAUGGCAUAUGACCUAUGAUUUUAAAACUAUCAGUAUUUGUUACUAAAGUGUGAUUUGCAGAUAAAGUGAUUAUUCUUUUUAUUUAUUUUUUCCAAGCAAUGCCCCCGGCAUUAAAGUUAAAAUAUCUUAGUAUGUGUGUUUUCAAGCAGGAAGGCUGCACAUAUAUAGACUCUUGUCACCAUGACCGCUUCUAAAAGCAGAAGUUGUCAUGGUGGUUGGAGUAACCCUUUAAACUGUCCCUUAUCUCCGCCAUCUUCUCCAUGCCAUAUUUCUUUGGCUCAUGACAAUUUCAUUGUCCAUUAGUUUGUACAGUAUCAUGAGAAUAUUUAUGGGGAUUAAUUAUUAAUUAAAAAUAUUUUUAUAAAAUAUUGGUGCUUAUUGGCGCUAUUCCCAAUAAUUACAUAAAAAAGCAAAGUUACUCACUAUUUUAGACCUAGAAUACGUUGUUCGAAUUUAAUAUUCAUACAUUAAUAUCACAACUUUUUAUCAAAAUUAUAUUUAUUUUUGUUAAUAGGUGUAAACAUAGAUGAUGGUGAAUAGUUUUCAAUAACACUGAACAAAAUAUUGUAUAGUACAGCAAUCACAAUAAGGCAAUUUCAAACUCUGUGAGUGAUGGGACUGUUAGUCCCAAACAUUAUCAAUCAACAGGGUUAGCAUAUGAAAUAUUCAUUAUUUUUUUUUUUAUUUCUCAUAUAUAUCAAUAAAACAUACAUAAUUAAAAAAUUACAAGACAAAAACAUACAAUACAAUACAUAUUGGAUGAUGCAACGCAGGUUUUUGUAUUCUUAAUUUAUUUAACCUCUUAAGGACGGCGGGCGACAUAGUACGUCCUCCGUUCUUCCCACUUACCUGAUCGCCAGGAUUAUCCGCCGGCGAUCGCGAUGGGGGGACUUGCCUGGCAUCCUAGGCAGUACCCCUGCAUCUGAACCUGCUCUCCUGGGCCAUGUGAAAUAAAUUUAAAUAAAGUUAAAACACAGUGUAAAAUAAAAUAAUAUAUACUUAGAUCUGAUAUAUAUAUAAAAACACAAAAUCCUUGCACUCAGGCUUAUAGGUUACAACAUACCGGGUGCUUGUAGUCCUGGGGAAAAAUCCAAUAUCCAAGUAGCAAGGGUGACCAGCACUCACAGAUUCAUAAUUUUAAUUAAAACAUCCAAAGUUUAAUGAAAAAAAUAGUUGACAGCUCAACGUUUCAGUCCUCCUCUGGGACUUUCAUCAGGAACAACAAUAAUGUCUCAAAGACUCAUACAUAAAUAGAAGAAGUAAUUAGCCUAAUUGGUAAUUGAGAAAAUUGGCAAAAUUACAAAUUGUAUUCCAAGAAUUAACAUAGUUAACUAAUAUAUACAAAAAGGAAAUAGUCCUACCUGCCAGUGUAAUACUGCACGAGCCGCCGGCGUCCCCAAACCACACGCGCGCAUGCGCGGAAAAACCCCGCCCUACAAUUACGUAAUUGCACAACGCACGUCGGCAAGACGGCCGGAAAACAGAUCGGCUUCUCGCAACGACAAAUACGUUGGCAAUCACUAAGCACAUAUACCGUGCACAGAUCUACAGUGCUAAAAAUGUGGUGGAAAAAAAAUAUAUAUGUGGAGUAAUUAUACACAUUGACAAAGUGACUACUGUGAGACCAGGAACAGUGUAUGUAUGUCAUAUUAAAUAUAAUAAAAAAUAAAUGCAUAUAACCAAUAAAGCCAAGUAAUCUUAAAGUGCAUACAGUGCUGGUCACCCUUGCUACUUGGAUAUGGAUAUAUAUAUAUAAUAUAUAUAUAUAUUUUUAUUUUUUUUUAUUUUUUUUACACUGUCUAAGUGUAUUUUAAUAUUAAUAUAUAUAUUCUAAAUACCCGUAGUGAUAUUAAUUUUGAUUCUAACUGUAUUUUGAUAUUUAUAUAUAUAUAUCUCAAAAUACACUUCGAAUGAAAUAAUAUAUCUUUAUACAUAAAUAUAUGAUACAUCUUUAUAUAUAAUUUUAAUUCUACGUAUAUAUAUUUAUGCAAUACUUUUACCUAAUAAAGUAAUUUUUAUUCAUUAUAUUUGGGUUAAUAUUACUGCAUUACCGUUUAUAGGUAGUAUUACACUUUAUUAUUCAAUUUCUGUGAUUUCAGAUUAGAUUAUAAAAUACAAGCUAUACUCUGUCUAAAUGCCCAUACCAAAAAUAGUGUACAUUCUCCAUCUCCAUGGAGAUAUGUUCACUUAGAUGGUUUCCUAGGAUACUGGAUGCAUAUCCAUGGUAACUUGACACGCGGUAGUUAUGAUAUCCUGCCAGUGAUCCUCUCAAUAGAUUUGGGUGCACUGUGACUAUAGCUUCUCAAUGAGUGAUCUAAGUAAAAUGUUCUGUGACAUGGGGACCAAGGUUAACUGGAACAAUAAUUCUUUGGUUGCCAUCUUUUAUAACAGUCUGUCAAAGAGGCUAAAAGAUGAGCUGGGAGCAAGAGACUUCCCCUCAGAUCUAGAGACAUGUAUUGACCAUGUGGGUCAUAUUGAGCUUUGGUUACAUAAGAGAAAUGAACAAGAGAUAGAAUAAGUGUCACCAGGAACAUAUGAUGUAUUUGACUCCCCAAUACUAAAGUAAUCCAAAAGGAAUUUCUGUGGACCAGUAAGCUACUUUUGUAGAUUACUACAGCUCAUCACCAUCUGGUGCUCUAUUAGUGGCAUGCUCCCCACCAUGCCUUGCAUGUGCUCUGCCAGCUGAUCGUGAUGGGAGUUGCUGUAAAUGUAGGCCCUGAAACAAAACACCCCUGACUAGACUGCUCUGCUGUAGAGAGCUCCCACAAUGCUAAGCCAGCCAUAGAUCUAGCAGGUCAUAGUAUAAGUCUUCUCUCGCCUGAGUCAUGGACGGAAAGCCCGGGGCGGCGCUGCGGCCAAGGGCUGCCCACAAAGAGACGCAGAGCUGGGAGGAGAGGUACGGGCAGCACCUAGCACAGCUCAGGGCUAGCUAUAUAACACUGGGUGUCAGACAUUGCAGAGAUCUGGGACACACACACACACACACACACAAGGGGUGUGUAAUUUUCGGCAGAUUUAACCCAUUUUCGGCCGAAAUGGCAUGGGCCCAAUUUUGGCAGCCAAAUUUUCAUUGCAUCCCUACAUAAUACCAAACCAAUUAUUUAUAUCUAUCUCAUGUCCAAGCUCUCUCUCCCAGCUAUUCAGGGCUUUAGGUUUUAGCAAAUAAUCAUGAGGUAUACCCAGUAGUUUUUUUUAUUUAUUUUUAUUAUCAAUAACACUCAUACUUUCUUUUAACAGAAAGCCUCUUACUCUUAAAUGAGUGAAAAUUUUACUAUUUGGAAGGGAGAACUCGAGCAUGAGUUGGGGGAAAUUUUUCCUUCUUUCCAUAGUUGUUGUUGUUGUUGUUGUUGUUAUUAUUAUUAGUUUAUUAUUUAUAUAGCACCAACAAAUUCCGGGGUAAAGUGACACAAAAAGUAAGGAUAGUAUUAGACUAAGCACAGUUGCAAGAGAGGAAUCAGUCGAGAGCUAUUAAUAGUUUAAUUCAAAUGCUUUUAUGAAGAAGUGGGUUUUAUUUUUUUUUAUUUUUUUAAGGAGUGGGGACUGGGUGAGCAUCUAACGAAGGAGGGAAGUGAGUUCCCCAGGAAUGGUGCAGCCCUUGAAGGCGAGCAUCAGAGGUGGGAGUACGGACAGAAGAUAGACAGAAGUCUUCAACAGUGUGUAAGGGUCUAGACGGGACAUACUUAUGUAUUAGGGAGGAUAGAUAGGUGGGAGCAGCAUUCUGUACAUUUGAAAGCGAGAACCAGAAUUUUAAAUUGAGGCCUAUAUCAUACAGAAAGCCAUUGUAGGGGCUGACAGAAGGGUGAGGCGCAGGAGUUUCGGGCAGACAGGAAGAUAAGCCUUGCUGCCGCAUUCAUUAUGGACUGUAACGGCGUAAGUUGGGAGCAUGUCAGACCACCGAGAAGCGGAUUACAGUAGUCAAGGUGAGAAAGAACAGUGGAAUGGACCAGCACCUUAGUCGCAUCUGGCGUUAAGUAGGGUCGGAUGUGCGCUAUGUUUUUGAGAUGGAAACAACAUGAUUUGGCGAUAGACUGAACAUGAGGCGUGGAGGAGAGGUUGGAGUCAAAGAGAACACCUAGGCAGCGAGCCUGCGUGGUGGAGCUGAUGGUAGCACCGUUGACUUGGAGGGAGGGAGACACAGGAGUAGCAACACUUGAGGGAGGAAAGACCAGAAUUUCAGUUUUGGUCAAGCUGAGUUUGAGGAAUUGGGCAGCCAUCCAGUUAGAAAUAGUUAGAGGCAGUCAGAGACACUAGUCAAGAGUGACAGGGAGAGGACAGGUAGAUUUGCGUGGUAAAUGAUAUUGGAAGCCAAAGGAGCUAAUGAUCUUACCAAGGGAGGCAGUAUAGAUAGAGAACAGAGAAGAAGCUGUUGAUCAACAGUGUCAAAAGCCACAGAAAUGUCAAGGAGAAUUGGGAUAGAGUAGUGACCACGAGAUUUUGCAGCGAUUAGAUCCACAAAGCGCUUAGCACGGAAACUAGACUGAAGCGGGUCUAGCAGAGAGUCGGACUCGAGGAAGUCUGUCAAUCUCGCAUACACAACUCUUUCAAGGAUCUUGGAUUCAAAAGGCAGUCGCAAGAUAGGACGGUAGUUGGAUGGGGAGUUAGGGUCAAGGUUACGCUUCUUUAGAAUUGGGUUUACAGUUGCAUGUUUGAAGGGCGAUGGAAAUAUGCCAAAGGGGAAAGAGAGAUUGAGAAUUUUAGUGAGAGGUGAAGAAAGAGAAGAAGACAGAGUAUAGAUGAGAUGCGAGGGAAUUGGAUCAAGGGAGCAGGUGGUGGGGCGGCAGGACUGGAGCAGAGCAGAAACCUCUUCUGUUGUAGGAAUGAACAUAGAACAGCAAAGGGAGUGAGGUUAGGGGAAGUAUUGUAAGGGGAAGAAAAAAAAUCUCCCCUGAUUGUAGAGAUCUUGUCAGUGAAGUGAUUUGCAGGUCAAGUUAGUAGGUGGAGGAGGAACAAUAGGGCGAAGAAGAGAGUUAAAUGUGUGAAAGAGUUGUUUUGGUUCGUGGGAGAGUGUUAUGAGGGUAUUGAAGUAAUUUUACUUUUGCAGAGGAAAGAGCUAAGCUCUAUGAGCGCAGUAUAAAUUUAUAGUGGAGAAAGUCAGACGCACAGUGAGACUUUCUCCAACAGCGUUCAGCAGUUCUGGAGCAUUUUUGUUUGUUUGUUGGGGGCGCUUGCUACAUUUAAAUGUAAGAGGUGCCAUGAUGUCUAGUUGAGAGGAGAGGGUGGAAUUGUUGCAGAGCUAGGACAGGUGAGGUUUGAGAUUAGUGGAGAAAUGCUCUAAGUCAAGACAUUGGAGGUUUCUGUGAGAUUGAUGUUCAGACGGUGGUGUCAGUUGGGUCUUAGGUAUGCUGAUGUCAAAAGUCAACAUAUGGUGGUCAGAGAAAAAGGAAUAUUGGAGAGAUUAGAAGCGGUACAGAGAUUGGUGAAGGAGAGAUCAAGAGUGUUUCCUGCUUAAUGGGUUGCUAAAUAGGACUAUUGCAUAAGGCCAAAUGAAGAGGUUACAUGAGCAGACGAGAGGCAUCUGUGCAACUGGGGUUGUUGAUUGGGAUAUUUAAAUCCCCAAGUACAAGGGAAAGGAGUGCUAAAUGAGAGGAAGUGGGGAAGCCAGGAGGAAAAGUGCUCAAGGAAUAGUCUAGGAUGACCGGGGGGAGGGGCGGGGAGGGGUGGUAGAGAUAGCUAUUCUUAAAGGAUCACUAUAGGAUUAGGAACACAAACAUGUAUUCCUGACCCUAUAGUGUUAAAACCACCAUCUAGCCCCCCUGGGCCCCUCAUGCCUCCAUAAAUAUAGUAAAAUUCUUACUGUAUUCAAGCCUGAAGCUGUAACUCUGCAUGCUGUUAGACUCAAAAAACAAACAGUCUGCUGACAUCAUCAGAAGUGGUAGCCUGAUCCAAUCACAGUGCUUCCCCAUAGGAUUGGCUGAGACUAACAAAGAGGCAGAUCAGGGGCAGAGCCAGCAUGAUUCAAACACAGCCCUGGCCAAUCAGCAUCUCCUCAUAGAGAUAAAUUGAAUCAAUGAAUCUCUGAGGAAAGUUCAGUGUUACAUGCAGAGGGAGUAGAUACUGAAUGUUUGGAUGCAUUUUAGGCAGUCAUGACCCAGGAAGGAUCUCUAACAGCUAUCUGAGGAGUGGUCAGUGAAGUUAUCACUAGGCUAUAAUGUAAACACUGCAUUUUCUCUGAAAAGACAGUGUUUACAGCAAAAAGCCUGAAGGUAAUGAUUCUACUCACCAGAACAAAUUCAAUAAGCUGUAGUUGUUCUGGUGACUAUAGUGUCCCUUUAACCCCUUAAGGACACAUGACAUGUCAUGAUUCCCUUUUAUUCCAGAAGUUUGGUCCUUAAGGGGUUAAAGGAGUGAAUUUAAAUAGGCAAACAGUGUGAACUUCAAAACAAGAAAAGGAUAGGGCAGGGGGAGUUAUGAUUUGUUGAAAGGUACACUGAGGGGAGAGAAGGAUGCCUAUACCACCUCCUUUACAGUUGAGUCUGUGAGUGUGAGAGAAUUGUAGCCCAUCAAAACAUAAAGAGGCCGGAGUAGCGCUAUUAGAGGGGGACAGCCAGGUCUCUGUAAGUGCAAGUAGUGUGAGUGAGUUUGAGAUGAAAAAAGUUGUGUAUGGCUGUUUAUUUUAAAUUACUGCAGACGUAGCGGCCGUUCCAGAGUGCACACUGAAAUGGCACUGAUCAAAGUAUCCAAUGAUAUAAUAUUUUCCUUAAAGGACCACUAUAGUGCCCUGAGGGCACACUCAUUUUUGCAUACUCAAUUUUUUUGUUUUGUUAUUGCUCUAGACCAGAGGUAGGCAACCUACAGCACACAAGGUGUCUUUGCACGGCACUCAAGGCUGCUACAGCCAAACAGGCUCUGGCCUAUCAGGAGUCCCAGUGAAACUUCAUAUAUCUGCUAAUAUGAAAAGGUGGUGAAGGACAAUCCUCAAUUUAUGCAUUGCAGAUGACUUCCUCCCAGCACUUGUGAAUGGGAAUCCACACUGUAGUAGAGCAGCCUGCAGAUGCUGUUGCUGCUCCUAUCCUUGACCUGUACCUGGCCAGCUUGGUCCCCACUGGAACCCAUGGAAGUCACCCACACUGCUAGUUUUACACAGAAAUGCACAAUGACCCUCCCCUCAUACAAAUAAUACUAACAGCCCACAAACAAACAUACAUACAUACAAUCCGCACAAACGUAACCCGCUAACAAUCCACAAACCCACAUGUAAUACCCCAAACAGCCCCCACACAUACACACACUACCAAACACACAAUGUGACAUAUCCAUCUACACACACAAUUCCACAAGCAGCCCCAUACACUGCUUACAUUCAUAUGUAUCAUACACGAUACCACAAACUACUCCUGAACAUAUACAAUAUAAUAGCUCAUAUACGCACAAAUACAAUGAUACAAAGCAAUUACAGUAUAAAUAACACAAGCAGAAUACGGCAGCAUACACACCUCAAUUUAAAAAAAAUAGGACCGGCACGCUACGGGACAUCACAAUACUAUAUCGGCCCAGUGCUGCUAACAGGUUGCCUACCCCUGCUCUAGACCAAUGAGAUAUUUGAUUUAAGCCACUAUCUAUGUGCACUUUAUUAAAGUUUUAGAUAAGAUAGUUCUUUUAAAAGUAGUAUUUAACCCCCGAACAUUCAAUGUCAUCCAAUUGAACAUAUUUGGAUAUCAGUAUAUUUACAAGCUCGUCUUCUGUUCCACAUGGCAUAUUCCAUUAACAAUAACCCACAUAUAAUAUACACGUGAACAAGAAUCUCUCUCCUCCACAUGUACCCCCUUACAGCAGACAACAACAAAAAAAUAUAUAUAGUACAGAAAGGAAAGGAAAAAUCAUAUAUGAUGAUUCUUCUCUGUCUCUACUAUUUUUCAGACCAUUUAUCAACUAUAAUUCGAGAGUAUUAAAACAGGGAGGGAAAAAAGAGAAAAUAAAGGAAAAAAAAUAAAUAAUUACAAUCCUUUUUUCUCUUUCUCCCUUAUGGAUAUGCUCUUUACUUUUGAGCAAAUUUAUUAUAAUAGAUUAUGACUUUUUUACUCCAUUUCAGUGUAUAUUAUAAAGGGUAAACCAUCUCUUUCUCCAUUAUUCUAAUAUUACUUUACUUUGUUUAUCAAAAAGUACUUAGUGUAAAUCAUAAAAAUAAAGUGAGAUAUGAAGGAUUGAAUUUCUAUCCCAAUAAUCCAUCUACACAUGAAUUCUUUUACCCUUUUUAAAAGGGUGUGUUCUAAUCCUGACUCCUUAUGUUCAUAUAUUCCCAAUUCCUUUCUCUAAUGUAAUUAUACAUCUAUAUAUUUUAAUAUAUAUUCCUUUCUCUAAUGUAAUUAUACAUCUUCUGAUUUUCAACUCUAGUGCUGAGUUCUGUGAUAUCUUUAAUUAUUUUAGAAUUUGUUUGUAUCUCCGCUUUUAGUUGUUCCAAAAGUUGAUAUAGUGCCUUUUCUAGGUGUUGUGGAGUGACUCCUCCAUUUCUUUGUAUAGCUGGUAAAUCAAUCUGUGACUCUUCUGUAUUAGUAGAUUCGAUAAUACUGUUCUGCUUCUUGUAGGGACGAAUCUUCAGUAUUAUUUGUAGUUGUUCUCUAAGUUGUUUGUGGGGGGGGGGGGUGUAAAAGGAUGUUGCAGUUUUAGCUUCCCUUUUUUUCUGAUCUUGCUCAUUGGUUAUUUUCUUAUCCUUUUUUAGAUGUCUCUCUGUCUGUUUCCUAUUUGCCAUUUUAAAUCUUGUUUGACUUUUUCUGUCUGAUACGGUAAUUUAAGAAAGAAAAAACAGCAAGAGGGAGGGAAAAAAAGGAACAAAAAACAAGAAUUUUUUUUUUUAUCCUUUUAACUUUAACUUCCCCUCUCCUUUUCCUUUCUUCUCUCCCAUCCUUUAUACUCUUCUUCCUUUCCCCUUUUUUCUUGUUUUCUUUUUUCUCUCCCUUUGUCUUCCUUCUCUCCUUUUCUCCCUUUAGUGGGUGCAAUUUUUACCCCUAAGUACGUAAGGAAGGUUGAUCUCCUGUCGAAGGACUAGUGAGAGCAAAGGGAGUUACAGGUCCAUAGGUAGCUUAAUGGGGAUGGCCUGGGUUUUGUCAUGAUUUAAACGGUAGUGGGAGAUAUUUCCAAACUGUUGUAGUAGAUCUAUUAGAGAUGGAAGUGAAUCUUGAGGGUCAGAGAAGGCUAUGAAAAUGUCAUUCGCAAAUAGUGCUAAGCUGUAUUCUCUACCAUGAAUGGGGAUACCUUUAAUGAAAGGAUGAUUGUGGAUGCUAGAGGCUCAAGGGAAAGUAUGUACAAGAGGGGUGACAGCAGGCAAACUUGGCGAGUGCCAUUCGUGAUGGAGAAUGGUGUAGAUAGGAAACCUCCGUGGGAGACUUUAGCUGCCAGGGCGUUGUAUAACGCCAUGAUGCCUCGAAUCGUGUCUUGUGGAAAAUUUUUAUUUAGCCAGUACUCUGUUCAUGAAAGAUCCGAUAAGCCGGUCGAAGACCUUCUCCGCAUCCAGUGCGAGGAGAAGGCCUCAUUUUCAUCGGGUCUCCAAAGUAGUCAGGGUAUUAAGCAUCUUCCUCGUGUUGUCAGACCCUUGAUGGCCUCGUAUGAACCCCGACUAUUCAUUAUGUAUAAGUUUAUGGAGUAGCGGGGCAAGUCUGUUACUAAAGAGUUUGGCUUAAAUCUUUGCCUCUCCAUUAAGCAGGGAAAUUGGCCAAAUGUUUUUUACACUGUCGGGGGUUACCUGGCUUGGGAAGGAUGGCUAUAUGCGCUAUGAGCAUUACUCAAAAAGUUCGUCACCUCCAUUGAUUACUUCCCCAUAACCAUACAUAUUGGUAAAAACCAGUACAUUAAGUAGAAAUACAUGCUGAUUAUCGUUGGGACUAUAAAUGUUAAUCAGGGUUGUUAUUAAGGUUGUUAUUAAGGAGGCAUUGUAGUAUUACGUAGCGCCCCUUUUUGUCACAAAAUUUUUUGUACUUAGGAAAACACUCUGUCUCUGCCAAUCAAAAUAGAAAGGCCACAUUUUUGGCUGAAUAUCAGGCAUGUUAAUCAUAUGGAAAUCAAGGUUAGCUAAAGCGAGGCAUGCAACCUCAUUUGAAAUUCGUCUCUUGGAAGAACACUACAUGGGCUCUACCUCGUUUAGCAUCUCUCAUAGCCAAUUUGUGCUUAUUAGGAGAAUUGAGCCCUUUAGUAGGGAUUCGCCGAAAUUCCAAAUGUUAUUUUUAUUUUUUGUUGUAAGUAUCAGUAUCGGCUGAUAAUCAUCAGUAAUACCAAUAAUGAGGUGGGCCGGCGCGUCCAUAAGGUGGCACAAGCGGCCGUGUUGGGGCGUACCGGCCCACGGGAUGCUAGAUUGGAGUGACCAUCAAGAGGUGGGUACACAGCGCUCCAUAAUGCUAGACACACUGUGGCCUAGCGGAGAAGUGCGCACCGUGGUACAGGAACUUAUGUUUCCUGUACCCUGCCAGAGUGAACGGAAGUGCUCACUGAGAGAGCACUUCCUGUCAGUCCAGCCGGGUACAGGAGACUGAACCUCCUGUACCGCGGGAGACAAGACAGGGGGAAGUUACACUUUGGGAGAGUGGGGGAAGGAAAUAACAAUAUGUGAAAGGGGAGGCAGUGGGGGGAAGGAAAGAACACUAUAUGGGACAGGGGAGGGAGUGGGGGAAGGAAAGAACACUAUGGGUCAGGGGAGUGAGUGGCAGGAAGGAAAAAAUAUACUAUGGAACAAGGGGGGAGGCGGAAAACACUUGGGACAGGGGGGGGGAAACACUAGAGUGGGAGUGAGAGGAACAUUAAGACAGGGCACAAAGGUACAGGGAAAGUAACAAUGAGGUGUGUCGAUCCUUACCAUUUAGUGUUUAACCUUUUUAAGGACGGCUAGAUAUGCGUCUUUGAGAUUCAGACGUGUAAACCAGUCCCUGUAUUGAAGGAGGUCCCUUAGUAAAUGUAUGCCCUCCAUUUUGAAGUGACGGUAGGUCACGUGGGCAUUCAACUCUCUUAGAUUGAUAACCGGUCUGAAAUCUCAGAUUUUCUUGCGAACGAGGAACAUAUUGCUGAAGAAACCUCCCCGUCCCUGAACGGGCUGUAUAGCGCCCUUCGCGUGUAAUUCGCGGAGCUCCAUUUCUAUGAGGUGCGCGUCUGAGGUUGAGAGAUAUAUAUACAAUGUUAAACAAAAAUCUGCACACCAGUCAAGCCAUAAGACUUGCUUUUCCCACAGAAACACAGAUUAAAAGGAAUCCAUGUUUAAAAUGGAAUGAGGCAAAAAUGUGAUUCUUUGUUAAACUAAUUUGCAUAUGCCCACCCAGAAUCCUUUGCGGUUUUAACAUCACUGCAGAUUUGGGAUUUCUGUGGGAAAAGCAAGUCUUAUGGCUUGACUGGUGUGCAGAUUUUUGUUUAACAUUGUAUUAACUAUAUAUAUAUAAAUAUAUAAUAUUUUUUUUUUUAUAUAUAUAUAUAUAUAUAAUAUAAUGAAAAUGUGCAAACAAAUGACAAAAUAUUUGUUCCUCUCUAGCUCUUCAUUUCUUUAAAUAAUUCCUUUCCUCUUAGUGCACUCUAUGGAGAUCAGGCCCAAUAUUUUGAGUCUGAAAAAGUACCAAGGAUAAAACAUAAGAAGGCAGGAACUGUGUCAAUGGUGAACAAUGGUAACGGAAAACAUGGGUCACAGGUAAGUCGUAUUUUAUAUUUAUUCAUUUUGGUUGACUUAUAGAAGACCUGAUUAAAUUUAAUAAGCUUGUAUAAGCAAUUUAUGUGAUUAGAAAUAGUUUUGGCUUACCUGUUUAAGUCCAAAUUGUAAUAAGUGCCAUAGGUUGAGAAAGAGCAUCAUAUUACAUUAUAAAUGUUUUGUCAAAGUACCAAUGCUAUCAUAAACGUUGCAUAGUAGAUGUCCAAAACUAAGCAAAGGAUAAAUUACCAGAAAGUCAUAAGAGGCACGUUGUUAGAUAACAAUUGUUUUGUUCUUUAAAUGAAGAAAUCCAGAGACCGUAGUGAUUUAAUUUCGAUGAUGUUCUGAUUUAAAAAAAUAAAACAAAAAUGUAUUGAUAGAUUUAUUUUUUUUAAAUGUUAAUGGAUUUAUUUUUAUUAAUUUGUAUGCUAUGCUGGGCCCACUUUUUCAAUGCUAAAUUAGGAGAUACCGUCAUGGGAAAAAGAAAGUACACCGUCUUUGAAUUAAUUACCUGGUUUUAAAUAUAUGGCCAUAACAAUUGUCUGCUCCUUAGCAGGUCUUAAAAACAACCUCAGAUGAAUAACACGUGACAUAUUACGUGUCAUGAUUUAUUUAACAAAAACAAAGCCAAAAUGGAGAAGCCAUAUGAGAAAAACUACACCCUUAUUUCUUCCACAUUUACAUAGGAAUUAAGAGGCUAAGUAGCAGACAGGUACUGGUAAUCAAAUGCUCUUGAUUAAUUGAUCCUCUGCAAGUGUGAAGUUGCCUUUAGAGCUCACACCCCAUCCCCCCCAAAACAUCAGUGAGCCACUGCCAUGCUUCACAGUGGGGAUGGUAUUAUUUUCAUUGACCCCUUUCCAAACAUAGCACUUAUGGUUGUGACCAUAAAGCUCUAUUUUGGUCUCCACACUCCAAAUUACAGUGUGCCAGAAGCUGUGAGGUGUGUCAAGGUGUUGUUGGGCAUGUUGCAGCUGGGCUUUAUUUAUGGCAUUUUGUGGCAGUAAAGGCUUCUUUCUGGUAACUUGACCAUGCAGCUCAUUUUUGUUCAAGUAUGGUUGUAUUGUGCUCUUUGAAACAACCACGCCGUCUUUUUCCAGAGCAGACUGUAUUUCUCCUGAGGUAACCUGUGGAUUUUUCUUUGUAUCCCGAACAAUUCUUCUGGCAGUUGUGGCGGAAAUCUCUCUUGAUGUACCUGACCUUGGCUUGGUAUCAAGAGAUCCCAAAAUGUUCCACUUCUUAAUAAGUGAUUGAACAGUACUGACUGGCAUUGUCAAGGCUUUGGAUAUCUUUUUAUAUCCUUUUCCAUCUUUAUAAAAUUCCAUUACUAUUCCUUUUCUGCUCCCCAUGGCUCAGUUUCUAGCCUGCUCAGUGCAUCUCAGUGAGAACUAACCAACUAAUUGACUAUUGAUACACAGAGCCCUAAUUGCAAUUUAAAAAGCCACAGGUGUGGAAAAUUAACCUUUAAUUGACAUUUUAACCUGUGUAUGUAACAAGGCCAAACAUUCAAAGGUAUGUAGAUCUUUGAUCAGGGCCAUUUGGGUGAUUUGUUAUCAUUAUGAUUUAAAAAGGAGCCAAACUACUAUGUGAUAAUAAAUGGAUUCAUAUCAUCACUAUCCUUCAAUAAAAUAAUUGCCCUUUAAUAGAUAGCAUAGCUGUUUGUACUGUAAAUGAAUAUGUCUAUCUCUAGAGGAGGAUGAAGAAAGUCUGUGUGGAAAGGCUCUGUUGUGUGUUGAGAGAACUUUAGGGUUACACUGUGAUGGUCAUCACCAUCACUGGGAGCAGGAGAUGGACACUUUAUGUUGAUCCCUGAAUUAUUCUUAUGUUUUAGUAACCCUGUGCUUCUUAUAGGUGCAGGGUGUGUAUAACUAGAUGGAUUUGGCUAUGGAUUCAAACACAACGCUAUAUGUUUGUUGUGAGGACUAGAGAUGUCGCGAACUGUCCACUGGCGAACAAUAGCGUGUUCGUGUUGGGCAAACAUAUCCGAUUUCCGGUCCGCCCCCUAUACGUCAUCAUUGAGUAAACUUUGACCCGGAACCACACAGCCAGCAGACACAUUCCACCCAAUAAGCAGCAGACCCUCCCUCCCAGGAAGUGUCUGCUAACUGUGAGGUUCCGGGUCAAAGUUUACUCAAUGAUGUGUAUAACUAGAUGGAUUUGGCUAUGGAUUCAAACACAACGCUAUAUGUUUGUUGUGAGGACUAGAGAUGUCGCGAACUGUCCGCCGGCGAAUUGAAACUGCUAUAUGCAGUACCUGAAUAGCAGUAUUUCUUCAGGCAGGGUAUAUAUAUUGUACUAAUUUGUCUCUUCACUUCUUUAUAAUUAUGUUAUUGUGUUGUCAUAAGUUCCUGUAUGUUUCCCCAUAUGAUUAGGUUAUUUGUAUUAAAUUGACUUUGUCACUGUAAAUUUUGAUGCAAUGUACAUUUGGGCUAGUCCGGAGUAAAAAUAGAGCUGAGUGUGUCCUGGUUGGAUUAUUCUGGUCCAGGCUGGAAGAAGCUCUGGCGACUGGGGCUGAAGCGUCCUAGGAUCCCUGAUAGCAGCUAAAAAGCUAAUUUGGCAGAGGUACUUGGUCUGAGUAUGGGAGCUCAGUCACAUAUACCAUUUCAGAAUAGUUUAACCCUACCAGGUAAAAUUGGCCAGAAUCUCCACACAUUACAAAAAAAUAAUUAAAGGCACUGUCAUGUUGAACUUACCUUUCCCCAAUCGCUUCCCUUUCUCGUCCUCUCUCAUGAUCUGUUCCUGUUUGGCCGUUCGUGCGGCGAAACUACCAAAUUUGGUCCUAACAGAAUGAGUACAGUUUGUCAAUACGUGUUAGGACGUAAUUCGGUACUUUUUGUUUGGAUCUGAAUUUCAUUGGAAUGAAUGAAAUACCAUCUUGCAGCUGCUUAGUAGAUAGCUCCCUAAUACCGUGGGAAUUCGGAAGCUAUCUACUAAAAGGCUGAAAGACCAUGAGCGGCGGGUGGGGAAAAAUGUGAAGGGGAAAAUGUGAAGUGACAGUGCUCUUUUUAAAGCAACAUAAGAACAGCUAGUACACAGGUUUACUUGGGGUAGGAGAAAAAGGGUGUACAACACAGUGAGGAAGAACUGGCAAACCAGAGGGUUUAUAAAAGUGAAUUGCUUCAAUACUACCGUAUAUACUCUAAUAUAAGUCAAGUUUUUCAGCACAUUUUUUGUGCUGAAAAACCCCAACUCGACUUAUACUCGAGUCAAUGUCUGUAUUAUGGCAACUUACGUUGCCAUAAUACAGACCUGGACCGCCGGGCUCAUUACAAGCCCGGCGGUCCUGUUGGGGGCUGGCAGCGAGCUGUAACUUACCUUUCCUGCAGCUCCUGUCAGCUCCCUUCUCCUGCGUUCCGGUUAGCUCCCCUGUCAGUUCCACUGUAAAUCUCGCGAGAGCCGCGGCGUCUGAGCGUUGCUACGGGUUACCGCGGCAACGCUCCGCGCGGCACUCAGACCGCGAGACUUACAGUGGGAGCUGACAGGAUAGCUGGCCGGAACGCAGGAGAAGGGAGCUGACAGGAGCUGCAGGAAAGGUAAGUUACAGCUUGCUGCCAGCUCCCUUCCUACACUGCCAAUGCCACUGGACCACCAGGGAAUGAGAGUCCCCAUCCCUGGCCAUGUAUCAAGCAGGGAGGGGGGACAAAACAAUAUAAAUAAAGAUUAAAUAAUAUAAUAAUAAUAAAAAAUAAUAAAAAUGCCCACCCCCCACCAAGGCUCUGCAUCACAUACACACACACUGCAUUCAUUCAUACACACAUUGCAUUCAUUAUAUACACACACUGUAAAUAAAUAUUCAAUUAAUUUUUGGGGGAAUCCAAUUUUAUUUAGAAAUUUACCAGUAGCUGCGGCAUUUCCCACCCUAGUCUUAUACUCGAGUCAAUAAGUUUUCCCAGUUUUUGGGGGUAAAAUUAGGGGUCUCGACUUGUAUUCGGGUCGACUUAUACUCGAGUAUAUACGGUACUUUACUUUUGUGGUUUUUUGGUUUUUUUUAAACACUCAAGUCACAUUCUCACAUUUUAUUAUACUUUUCUAUAUAGUUUCUUAUUACCACUGGAGAAAAUCUGGAUUACCUAGAUGGUGUGCACACAGUGUUUGGUGAAAUAUCGGAAGGAAUGGAUGUAGUGAAAAAAAUCAACGCGGCAUUUGUGGACAAAGAUUUUGUUCCUUAUCAAGAUAUCAGGUAUACUGCAUGCUACUUGUGUAGAAAAACACAUACUAGGUGAGUAGAAAUUUGCCCUGUAUUUCAACCCGCAGUGAUUUAGUAACUGUAUUUCAAGCACAUGCUUGAAAGGAGCUGAACAUGUUAAAAUGGUCAAUGCAGAGUACAGGCAGUUUUAAAGUACUAUAUCAUUUUAAACAAUUUUAUUUAUUUUUAUUACAUCUUUUUUUCUUUUUUUUUUAUCCAUAAACUAGCUAGUGACCAAAAGAUUUGUGAGCGAUAACUUUACUCUUAGAGCAUCUACAUGGUGUUCCAGUAGAUGUGGUCUACUUGAAUUUGCUAAGGCAGUUCCACACAAACGGUCACUAGUAAAACUGGAAUUGAUUUAUAUGAAAAAUCGUGUUCUUGGAUAAAAUACUGGCUUAGAGUGCAGAGAGUAGUUGUAGUUGGAACAUUUUUAAAUUGGAAAAAAAGUGGUAAAUUGAGUGCCUCACUGUUCUGUCCUGGAUCCACUUGUCUUUAAAGGACCACUCUAGUCACCAGACCACUUCAGCUUAAUGAAGUGGUCUGGGUACCAGGUCCCUCUAGGAUUAACACCUUUUUUUAUAAACAUUGCAGUUUCAGAGAAACUAUGUUUAUAAAUGGGUUAAUCAAGCCUCCAAAUUCUCUAGUGGCUGUCUCAUUGACAGCCGCUAGAGGCGCUUGCGUGAUUCUCACUGUGAAAAUCACAGUGAGAACACGCAAGCAUCCAUAGGAAAGCUUUUCUUAUGAGACCGGCUGAAUGCGCGCGCAUUCAGCCGAAGGGGAGGAGAGGAGGAGGAGGAGAGCUCCCUGCCCGGCGCUGGAAAAAAGGUAAGUUUUAACCCUUUCCUUUCCCCAGAGCCGGGCGAGAGGGGGACCUUGAGGGUGGGGGCACCCUCAGUGCACUAUAGUGCCAGGAAAACGAGUAUGUUUUCCUGGCACUAUAGUGGUCCUUUAAUCUUUUAUAAAUGAUCUUGAGGUGGACAUUGAAAGUAAUUUAUCUGUGUUUGCAGAUGAGACAAAAAUAGGUAGAAAUACAGUCUGAACAUGAUAUAACUUUUCUACAGAGGGAUUUAGAUAAAUUGGGGUACUGGGCAGGCAAGUGGUUGAUGAGAUUUAAUACAGAUAAAUGUAGUCAUGCAUUUUGGAAUAAGGAACCUACAAGCCACAUAUACAUUAAAUGGGUUAGAGUUAAUGAUAUCAUUAAAUGAAAAGAACUUGGGAACAAUUAUAGAUCAGAAACUAGGCAAUAAUAUACAAUGCUGGUCUGCCAUUGCAAAAGCUAGUAAGGUGCUUUUGUGUAUAAAAAGUGUUUUUUGGAACUUUUCAAAUCAAUGGUAAGACCCCAACUUGAAUAUGUUAUUCAGUUUUAAGCAUCAGUUUUAAAGACAGAUAUUGCAGAACUAGAAAAAGUGCAGAAGCAAGCUACAAAACAAAAAAGGAAGAUAGAAAACAUUUGUGUAUGAGGAAAGACUAGAAAAACUGGAAUUUUCUUUUUUUGUUAGAGGGGAUAUGGUAUCACUAUAAAAAUAUAUACAGGGUCAGUACAAACCGCUAUGUGCUAACCUGUCCAUUAGCAGGAAUAUACAACAGACAAGAGGUCCUCCUCUAUACAGGUUCCCAUUGGACUUUUUGCAGCUCCACUCUCAAGAUUUGUGCAUUAAAAACUGCUUAAAGGGGCACUGUCAAAUUUGGUGACAUUGCCGCUGUGGGAGGGCAGGAAAAGAUAGUUCCUACUUUGUCUUAUAUUUUUGGUUUGAAAUAAGAGUAGGAAUAGGAGUAGGAUGACAGUGCUGUUUUAAGAGCAAGAAUUUCCAAGGUUCAUAAUUUGGCUUUUCAGGCUUAAAAGCAUUUUCUGUUCUAUUUGACAGAGAGAUGCCCCGUGUCAAUUUUAGCGCAGAGAACCCUGCGUCAUUUCUGCAACAUCUUUCACGUCAUUCGUUUUUGCAGAAAUGGUGCAGGCCAAUCACAACAGACUUAGGCCUGUUUAAGCACCCAACUGCUACUCGUGAGAAUAUGUAUGGGGUAAUUAAUAAUAAAAAUAUUUUAUACAAAUUAUCAAAAAUUUAUUAUUGCACUGUACCAUCUUAUUGUUAUCUACAGUAUUUUAAACUUUUAUAUCCUGGAGUAUGUUAAAUAUAGAAUUUAUAUUUCACAAAAUGAAUUCACAACCAAUUAUGGAAAAAAUAAAUAUAAAUAAAUAUAUCUAUAAUUUAUACAAAGAAAUGUGUAGCACUACAUACAUAUAUUCAACUCGGCUGAGUCUAACCAGAGAAUAUUCGUCCCAAUAAAAAGGGCCAAACUAACAUGCGGAAUAUACCUGUAAAGUGAGAAAAAAAACUCUAGUAGUGUAACACUGUAUAUAUUAAAAACUGAGUACAUCAAAGUUAAACAAUACACUCCCAUCCUCCUGAGCUUAACACCAAGCUCAGGGACAAGCGCUUGUAGGUCCGUACAGGCGACCUUCCCCUUCUUCUUGCCGGGUAGUCUUGUGCAGUAGCCUCUAAGAUUUAAAUGACACAGAUAUAUGGUGCAGUAUGUAUGUUAAAAAAUCUUCAAUAGUCUAGUACAUACUAUACUCACAAAGGUGGAGCCUCUGUAUCGGCUGUCUCAGCACGUUGUAUAAGCAAGAGUUAUACUCCUCUGGGAAGAAUUUUACGAUAUUAAUUUUGCCCACUGUAAUUGAAUAUUUUUUAUUUUAGAUUUAUUUUUAGUUUAUUAACCCUUAAGGGAUAUAGUAUUUUGUAGUAUACAAUAAAGCUUUCAUUAUCAAGAUUGUGGGCUGUCGGUUCCUGCAUAGAGGAGUAUAACUCAAGCCUUAUCUCUUUUCACUGAUUGAAUAGAGUUAAAAGAAAUAAAAAAAUUUUUUUUUUCUUUUUACAUUCUGCUAGAAAACAAGAUGCUGUCACAAUUCACUAUUAAACUGUUAAUUGUGACUCCAUCUAGUUUGUUAGCAGAAUGUAAAAGACACGGCAUUAAUUUUAAUCAGGAAAUGUCUGACAUACUUGACCUUUACCUUGUCAUGGUUUCCCUAGUGGUGAUCUGAGCGAAUGCUAAUUUGCAUAUCUGAUUCAUGGUUUACGGAUAUUUGUCUCAUCCCAAAUGUUCCUCUUUCUGUAUCCGUAACCUUGGCUCUAAUUAUUGUGUAUUUCUGUAAUAAUUGACUUGGCUUGUUUGAUUGUGUGAUUUCUCUCUCCUAUUUUACAUUAUUCAGUUUAAACAGCUUGCAAAAUACAGAAUUGUAUGCCUCAGUCCCUUGGGAGACAUUUCCUUGGCCUGCACAGCAAGGGGAACCUUUUUAGCCUAUUGCUGAAGUCUCACCUUAACCCUUCCCUUCCUCUUCCUUUUUAUACCAAGCAUGAUUGACUUGUACUUUACCCAAUCAGGAAGCAAGAAGCCUGCUUAACUAUACCUUUAAUAGAUAACUGUCCUUGCUUUUUGCAUGAGAGACACGGUUAGUUUCACCUGAAUAAGAGAAGCAAUGGUAUUUCAAGUAUUAUUUUGUUUGCCAUGUGGCCAACUACCUUUACCCCUGCCUCUAGUCCUUACCCAAAACCAGGACACCAUGAUGUAAUAAAAUUAUUUAUACCAUUGCUAUGUAUAGAAUGAUUUUUAAGUAUCCUAUCAACAUAAAGUCAGCAGUGUUAGAGAAUGUGAUCAUCAUGAUUGGCUGAAUCACUUCCUGCUUUUUUUGUGACAUCUCUGCAACAACUACUACUGAAAAUGCCCAACCUUUGCCUUUCCCUCUGGCAGAUUAGUUUAGCCCAUCUUCCUUAGGUUUUAUUUUCCAGUAGCAAAAGUAGUUCUCAGAUUACUUCGUGAUUUUCUUUCUAAAGUUUCCUCUACUGCUAACUAAAUGAUAUCCACUUACCAAUAUUUGGCAAAAAUCAUAUUCUCUGCUGAAGUUCAUGUUCCAUUCUUUAGAUGUUAAAAGAAUUAUGUAAAAUUGCCUUCAACGGAAUUGUUUUGUAAGUCAUGAUAUUGCUAUAAUUUCUAGAUACCUGUAAUUAUUCUUUAGGUUGUGCUUCACAAGACCAUUCCGUAGGGCUUGACAAAUUUGCUUGAAAUCUAGAGGCCAACUAAACAAAGUUAGGAUCCAAUUUUUUAAGAAAGCAUUAUUUUCAACAACAAAAAUACAAUUCUUAAAGGGACACUAUAGUCACCAGAACCACUGCAGCUUAAUAUAGUGCAUCUUGUGUAUAAAGCCUGUCCCAGCAGGCUCUUCAGUGUAAACACUGCCUUUUCAGAGAGGAGGAGAGACACACAGGAACACGCUCACUGACACAGAUGUACAGACUCACUCACUGAAAGACCGACACACACACACUGACCGUCAUACAGGCACAUACACUCCCUAACAGUCAGUCAUACACAAAAACACAUUCUCUCAUUCACUCACAAAUUAUUCAUUUUUAAUUUGUUUUACAAUUUUUUUAUUUAUUUAUUAUUUUUUAACACCUUUGGCAUAGCUGGAGUGGAUCAGUUCCUUGGGGUCCAGAAUAGAGUGUGGCUUCUGAGCUCUUAAAGCUCUUCUUGACACGCACCCUUGCGUGCCGUUUAUUAAUGCCUCUGCCAGAGUGAUUUCAUAUCCCAGCACCAGGUAUCAUAGCAGGACGCGCGAGGGAGCGGAGCAAGAAGAUCUGGAAGAUUUCAGCUCCCUCAGCUGGCCACCACCACUGCCGCUCAGCCGACUGGCUCCAUUCUACUUCGCCGCAGAACAGACUGACAAAUCUCAGACACUUUUUGCUAAAAGAGAAAAAAACGAACUGUAUUCCAAUCAUGUGAAGAUCUGGGUGCUAAACUGGACCACGGGCCAGCACCAGCCCCAGGGAGUAAAUAUUAGUGGUAGAAAGAGCAUCCAGGCACUCAAAGUAUCUUCAGAUGUAUUUUUUUGGAACAAGUUAGACACCGCAACGUGUUGACUCCUGAAAGUUUGUCAAGUUUCCCAAAGACCCUUUCAGUGAUCAAAACAUUGUGGUGCCUUACUUGUCCAAAUAAAUACAUUUGAAGAUACUUGGAGUGCCUAGAUCCUCUUUUUCUACCACUGAAAACUGACCCUGGCACCUGAUAUUUGUUGAGCCCCGACCUACCGUAAGCUCAUUUCAACAUCAAGGGCAACUUUGACAUCUACUUUCAUAGCUGCAACUUGGACCUUGCUCUGUGAAAGUGAAUUCACUCUCUUUAUGGGGCUUAAUAAAUCCUAUCUGUACAUAUUGUUGCUUGUUCUAAGAAAAACUAGAAAACUAUUUCGUUUUUUUUUUUCUUUCUCAUUGCUUCCCUCUGUUUUGGAUUGGCUUCUUCAAUUGCACAAAAACUUCUCUUCUGGAUAAAAGUUAGAUUAGUUCUUUAUACACUUGAUAUUUAACAUGCUUAUUAUUUAUAUGAUUUAAUAUUGCUCAUCAAAUCAAAUCUGUUUUAUAACAUACAGAGUUAGUGUUGGUUUUAUUUUUUCAAUUGCAGAAUAACUCACACUGUAAUACUAGAUGACCCAUUUGAUGACCCACCAGGACUACCCAUCCCUGAUCGUUCUCCAGAACCCACCAAAGAGCAGCUUGAUGUAAGUUUUUUAUUUUUUCAUGAGCGGUUUUCAGUUUUGAUUUGCUCACCUAAACCAUUACAUUAAAGCUAUUUCUCAUUUCUUUCAUACUUGUAUAGAGUGGCAGAAUAGCAGCAGAUGAAGAUAUUGAUGACAGCAAAGGCAAAUCUGCUGAAGAGCUAGAAGAAAUUCUUGCAGAAAAAGAAGCCAAGACUCGAGCAGUUCUUUUGGAAAUGGUAUUAAAAUGAAAUGUAUAUUUGUCUUUUAUCCUUUGAUGGUCAUUUGUAAAAUUAAUGGUAUACACAGAUAAUCGAUAGAAUUAUCUCCAAAAGACGUGAAUGGAAAGUCCUAAAAUGGCAAAUCAUGAGGAUGCAACAAUAAGUAUAUAGAACAGAAAAAAGGGAUAAGCGCUCUCUAUCAACACAAAUACACAACAGAAAAGAUAAAAUGUGGCAGCACACCUAAAAAUAGGGCUCCCUCACAGGCCCUACAGCAGAAAUGGUACAAAUAAAUAGGGAAAGGUAGCGCCACUAAAAACCAAAUAAGAUGAAUAAAACCAUACAGUAAGCAGAAAAAACAGAGAAUAUAAAAUUAAAAACAAAAACUUAAAAGUACAGGGUGGGUAGUCUUUAUGGUAGAUGAAUCUAACACCAAGAUGUUACUUUGUGGAAUUCUUCAGAGUGGUAUGGAUGCGUCUUUGUAAUUCAAAUAAAAUAGAUAAAAAUAACUGAUGGUGUAGUGCAUGGGUCCUCAAACUCCGGCCCCUCAGAUGUUGCUGAACUACAACUUCCAUGAUACUUAUGAGAGUUGUAGUUCAGCAACAUCUGGGGGGGGGGGCAGAGUUUGAGGACCCAUGGUGUAGUAUGUCCCAAAAGGGGUAAAAGCAGUAUAAAGAAUAUAUGGUCUGUAGCGGAGAGCUAGUAUUUCAUAGCCUAUCUCCACUUGUAGAUCCGGGGAGGCUCAGGAACAAGUAAUUAUAAAUCCAUAGGGCAAAGCAUCCGGCAGGCAAAACAAUACAGCAGUAUCCCAACAGCACUCCCAAUAACUGGACGACACGCAGUAUCAGGAGCAGAACUAAAGAUUUAUUCACAGCAGCUCCUUAUAAAGGAUUCUCCCAUGCAAGGGAGGGAUUUACAGUAAUUACAACAGUAACCAAUGGUACAGAGGUUCCCUCCCCUGCUUUCCCUCCCCUCAGAGUGACACUUAAUCCACUUAAUCCUGGCACCUUUUCCCCUAUUUCUUGGAUGUACCCUAAGACCAUGGGGUACCAGGACUUAAGUGGCAUCCCCUGGUAGCCCUGGUCUGGGUGACCAACAUACUCAAAAUUCACCCAGAUCAGACCAGGGGUUCGGGAGUUGUAGACCUUAAACGAUUUGACCGAGCGCACACAAAUAUGUAGCCAAAAGGAGUUCCAUGCAUUCUGGCCCUGCGGUCGGUCUUCGUUCGGGAGAUGAAAUAGACAUAAAUCCUUGACAUCCAUAGAGAAUACCGGGUUCGCAUGAACCCCCUUGUUCGGUAUAUUGAACUCACCGAACGGGGAGUCGAUUAGCCCCUCCGUUCGUGAGUUCUGGAGCUCUGGAGGUCUCAGCGGUGUUCGCGCAAUCGAGUGUCCGAUUUGAGUUCCAGAAACUCGACGACCAAACACCGCUGAGAGUUAGUGCGUAAGAUGGCUGCCGCCACGUGUUCGUCUACCGAAUGGCGGCCACCCAGAUACUUCAAUUAGCUGCGGUUACAAAGGGAAUAAAGGUUUAACGAGGGACGCACUUCAGCUCUAAGGUGGUCUAUGUAUUCGGUAGUUUCCAUUCGUAUAACUAUGAAGGAAACUACCGAAUUAGCAUACGAACUUAGAUGCAAUUUUCAAUAUACAUUCAGUUAAAACAGGCGAACAGUCUUUUAAAACAUAAUUCUGGCAGAUAGUCACAGGCCAUCCGCUACAUGGUCCUACUCACGUUUUAUAGAACUAUGAACUUAGCUCUAGUGUUGAUAACGUACAGUGGUACAAUCCCCACUUAUGGGAUACGUGAGAUCUUUGUAUUCUUGCUUGAUUAUGGAACAUUUGAUUGAACAGACUAACUGUUCAGUGAAUACAGCUUGAGUAGUAUAAUCCCCACCUAGGAUUCUUUGGAGUAAUAUCCUCACUGGAAAGUAAAACACUUCUGGUACCAGAUAAAAAGGAUGGUAGUAGCAAAAGGUAAAAGGAUAAAAAAGUAAAAUGGCUAACUCACAGUAAGAAAGUGACCAAAAUACCUUUAUUUAAAACAGUAUAAUAAUAAUAAAACCACAACGCGUUUCGCCCCUAGGCUUUAUCAAGUGGAGAUCAGAAAAACCAACCUGAUACAGGUAUAUAUAGGAAGUGUACAUGUUUAAAAAAGGCGCCAAAAUGACGUCAUAAUUGCGGUUUUGUUAGUUACAAAAUGAAUAAAAUGUACAUGCAUAGGUGAAUAUAUACAUAUAUGGGGGACAUGUGAUAGUUAUAAUUUGAAAAUGAAGCUUUAUAAUGGAGAUUGCCAGCAUAAUAUGUUUUAAUGAGAAAGUCACGUGAUCGGCAGCCAGUUUAAUAAUUUCGGACCGUGCCGCAAUGGAUUAUUGGAUAUGUAUGCAAAUGUCAACGAUGUAGGUGACGGGGAAAAAAGGAGCAUUGUGGGAGGGAUCGUAUUGUCGGCGGCCAUAUUGUAUCUCUGGUUGCGCCGCAUGGGAUUAUGGGGUUUGUAGUUGAGGGUGGAAGUGAUUAGCAGCAUGGGGAAGGAGGAAGGGAUGUGGGAGGGAUGUAUUAUGUGUCACUAGGACGCGAUCACACACCCUGUGGUCGCGUCCUAGUGACGAAAAUGGUGGGCACAUCCUGAUGACGCAAGUAUAGCACUCGGUUCAGGGGUCCAUGGGAGUGGACAUAUGAGUCCAUGGUGUUGGUUAAAAUUGUAUAAUACAACGUAAUACAUGCUAAAUAAAAAGACACAUAAAAACAGCAAAAUGUUUUACAAUUAAACAAAGGUAGCAAAGAAUGUCAAGAAAGGUAAACAGCAUAUAUUGUUGCAAAUGCAAGAAUUGGGCCAGGAAUUGUAAUAGAAAUAACACUGGUUUUUAUUUAAGCUUAAAAAAUACAGAAAGAUGUAAAUACACAAAGAUUACUAGGCAGAAAUAUAUAGGCUAAAGGGAAAAAGAUCUCAAUUGCUUUGCAGCUUUUGGUGAUUUACCAGAGAAAUAUGAAGUAAAAUAAGAAUAUAUAUACACCCUGUUCCAAAUUAUUAUGCAAAUGAUAUUUUUCUCAUUUACCUAAAUAAUUGAUGUAAAUAACAGUCAGCAUAAUUCUCAUGUUAUCAACUAUUAAGAGUACAAUUCAAAUUUUAUUGCACAAACCUCCUAAUGAUAACAGUAUUUUUUUAAACAUAAAAAACUUCCAAUGCACUGUUCCAAAUUAUUACGCACCGUAAGUUUCAAAACACUUUAUAGGUUGUAAAGAACUGAAAAUUUUAAUUUGUUGUGUUUGCAGCAUAUUUACUGAAAUCAAAAGCUAAUUCAAUCAAACUUAUAACAUUUUAACUUUUUAAAACAUUUUAACAGGUCAUGUUACAUUUUAACAUAGGAACCCUUAUUUGAUAGCAGCUUCACAAGUCUUGCAUCUAUUGAACUUGUGAGUUUUUGGACAGUUUCUGCUUGAAUUUGUUUGCAAGAUGUCAGAAUAGCCUCCCAGAGCUGCUGUUUGGAUGUAAACUUCCUCCCACCCUCAUAGAUCUUUUGCUUGAGAAUGCUCCAAAGGCUCUCAAUAGGAUUGAGGUCAGGGGAGGAUGGAGGCCACCCUAUGACUUUCUCUCCUUUUAUCCCCAUAGCAGCCAUUGAUGCAGAGGUAUUCUUUGCAGCAUGAGAUGGGGCAUUGUCAUGCAUGAAGAUGAUUUUAUUAUGGGAAGCAUAGUUUUUCCUUCUGUACCAGGGAAGAAAGUGGUCAGUCAGAAACUUCACAUACUUUGCAGAGGUCAUCUUUACACCUUCGGGGACCCUAAAAGGGCCGACCUGCCCAAAACAUGACUCCACCACUGCCAUGCUGACGUCGAAGCCUUGUUGGAACAGGGUGGCCGUCCACCAACCAUUCACUACUCCAUCCAUCUGGACCAUCCAGGGUUGCACGGCACUCAUCAGUGAACAGGACUGUUUGAAAAUUAGUCUUCAUGUAUUUUUCUGCCCAAUGCAGCCGUUUCUGCUUGUGAGCAUUGGUUAGUGGUGGCCAAAUAGAAGAUUUAUGCACAGUUGCAAGACUCUGGAGGACUCUGCACCUUGAUGUCCGUGGGACUCCAGAGACACCAGCAGCUUCAAAUAUAUGUUUGCUGUUAUGUAAUGGUAUUUUAGCAGCUACUCUCUUGAUCCGAUGAAUGGAUCUGGCAGAAAUCUUCCUCAAUGUGCCUUUAUCUGCACGAACCUGUCUGUGCUCUAAAUCAGCCACAAAUCUCUUAAUAGUGCGAUGAGCACGCUUACGUUUUCGUGAAAUAUAUAAUCUUUUCAUACCUCGUCCAAGGCAUUGAACUAUUUCACUCUUUUCGGCAGCAGACCAAUCCUUUUUCUUCCCCAUAUUGCAUUAAAAUGGUGAUCUGCCUAAUAAUGAGGAACACCCUCCUUUAGUAGUUUUUCCUUAAAUUGGGCUCACCUGGCAAUCUAGUUAUCACAGGUGUCCAAUAUUGUUUUCAGUGAUCAAAAGAGCCCUGAGACACAAUGUCAACCAUGAAAAAACUGAAAAACUAAAUAUUUAAUCUUUGUCACACUUAAAUAAAAUUUGCAUAAUAAUUUGGAACAGGGUGUAGAUAUAAAAUGUAUAAAAUAAAGAGGAGCUUAUAGUUUGGUUAUUGAUAAAACAACUAUAUAAAAAUAAAUAUAAAUAAUUGUUGAGAUUAUAAGAUGUAUAUUAAGAUGAUGGUUUUGUAUAAAAAUAUUUUAUAUAUGCACAUAAAAUGAUAAAAGGUUGAACUCUACAUUAAGACCUUCGGGGGUAGGGUUUUUUUAAAAGGAACACUCAAUGCAUUUCUUUGUGUCCCAGUAGUUGUUUUAACGAACAAUAUAUGCUGUUUACCUUUCUUGACAUUUUUUGCUACCUUUGUUUAAUUGUAAAACAUUAUGCCGUUUUUAUGUGUUUGUUUUUAUUUAGAAUGUAUUAAGUUGUAUUAUACAAUUUUUCCCCACCCCAUGGACUCAUAUAUGUCCGCUCCCAUCCUCUUAGUCUCCAACCAUGGACCCCUGAACCGAGUGCUAUACUCGCGUCAUCAGGACGUGCCCACCAUUUUCGUCACUAAGACGCGACCACUGGGUUUGCGAUCGCGUCCUAGUGACACAUAAUACAUCCCUCCCACAUCCCUUCCUCCUUCGCCAUGCAGCUAAUCACUUCUGCCCUCAACUACAAACCCCAUAAUCCCAUGCAGCGCGACCAGAGAUACAAUAUGGCCGCCGACAAUACGAUCCUUCCCACAUCCAUCCUUUUUUUCCCACGUCCCCUACAUCGUUGACAUUUGCAUACAUAUCCCAUAAUCCAUUGCAGCACGGCCCGAAAUUACUAAAAUGGCUGCCGAGCACGUGACUUUCUCAUUAAAACAUAUUAUGCUGGCAAUCUCCAUUAUAAGGCUUCGUUUUCAAAUUAUAGCUAUCACAUGUCCCCCAUAUAUUCACAUAUGCAUGCAAAUUUUAUUCAUUUUGUAACUUUCAAAACCGCAAUUAUGACGUCAUUUUGGUGCCUAUUUUAAACAUGUACACUUCCUAUAUAUACCUGGAUGUAUCAGGUUGGUUUUUCUGAUCUCCACUUGAUAAAGCCCAAGGGCGAAACGCGUUGUGGUUUUAUUAUUAUAUUGUUUUAAAUAAAGGUAUUUUGGCCACUUUCUUACUGUGAGUUAUGUAGCGAAGCGGCAAUAAUAAAUCCCACGAUCUCCGCUGAUUCAGAAGGUAAUCCACAGUCAAGCGCUGAAAAACAAGGCAAUAUCCCAAAUCUCCCAGUAACCGGACAAAACACAGUUCUGAGAGUCAACUGAGGCUUUAUUCACAGGCUCCACAAUUUAUACAAUUCCCCAUGCAAGGGGUUUCCUGAGUCCUAGCCCAGGGAUAUUCCAGGGGUGGACUACGUGGGGAACUUACAUUACAGAGCAUUUCUCCCAUCAGGCACUGCUGCACGAGAGGGAUCCUCCCACUGGAAUGUACGGUUAAGUGGAUUAUCCCUCCGUGCAGCAGAACCGUCAAUUUACUUUAAAAUAUACAGCUUUUCGAAUAUUAGGUCUAUUUGCACGAAUGGACGUUCGGUAGAUAGCUGGGGUCUGAGCGCAUCAUUCGUGAGAUUACCGCUCAGAUCCCAGCUAAAACAACCGAACACCGCACGAAAAACAUAUCCAUCAAAACAUACAUUUAAAAGACCGAUUGAUAUAUGGGGAAUAAAAUACCGAACGGCCCGGAACUCCCGAACGGCCUGGAAGUCCAGCUGUGUUCGCGCCGUCGAGCAGCCGUUUUUAGUACCACGCGCUCGACGACCAAACACCGCUGGAGGAACAAAGGAUCCAAGAUGGCCGACCGCCGCACGGUCGGUAGUCGAACGACUGCCACCUAGGAGAGCCUCUAAUUACUGAUUGCAACAUUGUUGCAAUCGGUUAACGAGCGCCACACGUCUCUCAAUGUGUGGGCUAUACAUGUGGGUCUAUUUCGGUUCACGAACGGCCCGCAAAGGCGCUGUUCGUGAAACGAAAGGAAAUCAGCUAUCUGCUUUCGGCAGAUAGCCAAUGCAAGUAAUACAGUGUUAAGCAAUCACAGUCUAUACACACAGAAACAUACGCAUCCUCCAAACAGCACAGGCAGCCCUUAAAGCUAUAGUCCUUAUGUAAUGUCCAAGUGGCUAGGUUUGCUACAAGUUAGCCAUUUUACUUUUUUAUCCUUUUACCUUUUACUACUACCAUCCUUUUUAUCUGGUACCAGAAGUGUUUUACUUUCCAGUGAGGAUAUUACUCCAAAGAAUCCUAGGUGGGGAUUAUACUACUCAAGCUGUAUUCACCGAACAGUUAGUCUGUUCAAUCAAAUGUUCCCUAAUCAAGCAAGAAUACAAAGAUCUCACGUAUCCCAUAAGUGGGGAUUGUACCACUGUACGUUAUCAACACUAGAGCUAAGUUCAUAGCUCUGUAAAACGUGAGUAGGACCAUAUAUUCUUUAUACUGCUUUUACCCCUUUUGGGACAUAUUACACCAUCAGUUGUUAUUUUUAUCUAUUUCAUAUGAAUUACAAAGACGCAUCUAUACCACUCUGAAGAAUACACCCACUACCAAAGACUGUACCCCCUUCCACAAAGUAACACAUUGGUGUUGGAUUCAUCUACCAUAAAGACUACCUACCCUGUACUUUUAAGUUUUUGUUUUUUAUUUUAUUUUUAAUUUUAUAUUCUCUGUUUUUUCUGCCUACUGAAUGGUUUUAUUUAUCUUAUUUGUUUUUUAGUGGCGCUACCUUUCCCUAUUUAUUUGUAAUAACUAUAUAGAAAUGGAAUACUAUAAUGGUAAAAUCACCAUAAAUAAAACUUAACUUUUAAUAAGUCAUGACAAAAGGUCCAACUUGGACUCGGCAAAAGAACAAACAACAAAAAGAAAAAUAGUACUAUUAGAAAAUAAUAAUUGAUAUACACCUUAAAAUAUACAUAGCUAUAUUAGCCCACUGAAAGUUGUUGACUGACACCUAUGGGAAAAUACUUAAUAAAGCACAUAAAUGUGUGCAAAUUAUUGUGUCAUAAUGUCAAACAACUUAUCAAUGGCUGUGCUAAAAUAUACAUAACAAUUGAACACACUUGCACUAGCAAAGCAAUAUGUUGUAGGCACUAGAUUGAUCGCUGUCCGGGAGACACUUGCAAAGUGAUAACAGAGCUGUUAUGUGAAAUGAAAACUAUACAGUAAACAGACAAAUUAGCUGUUUGCCUAAUAGAAUUACACACUCUAAUCAAUAUUGCUGCAUUGAAAAGUGGAGUGCAAAGGAAUCAUAAACUGACCAUACGAUAUAGCUAUUAGUCAGGUAAUAGUGAAUUGGGUUGAAAUCAAUCUUAAUGAGUUUUAGAAUUUAGUGCACCAGUAAGCUACAAUCAUGAGUGUAAUAAAUGUUGCAAUAAUUGUUAGGUACCAUAUACUUGGAUGGCAACAAGACGCUGUGAUCGGUCUGUUGCUGUAUUUUAAAAUUAGGUGCAAUUGUAUCACGAGCUAAACUGCUCACAGUGUGAUUUGAUAGUUAAGAUAGAGGAAUGCAGGGAUUCAGGAUCCGAAGGGAAUCAAAGUUAAAUGUUACCCUAUUGUGCCUUUGUGGGCACCCCUUAAGCCUGAAAAGAUUUUCCCUAUCCUAUCCUGUCCUGUAAAGUAGCUUACCCACCAACCGUAAAUAAAUAAAGUCGGUUUUGCUAUAAAACCUAGUGCUGAUAAAUAAAUGUAAUAACACAGCGGCUGAGUUAAGUCACUGCUAUGCAGAAGUAGUCAGAAUAAACAUAUCUGAAUGCCUGGUAGCACUUCGGUGGUGAGAUGCUAGUGAGAGCAAAAUGCCCUUGACGCGCGUUUGGCUUAUUCAGAUUAUCAGAGGGGAACCGGACAUACAAUAUUGCCGGUGUAAAAAGGAGAAUGCUUUAAUCUGAUUGGAUCAGCCAUAUUUGAAUACACCAAUAGGCUCCUAGUGCACCGAAGGUUGUAAUUUCAAUGAUUGGUGAUGAAGAGAUCGUUCACAAACGGAGGAGGAGAGAUAGACCAUGGGAAUGAACUAUUAAACCGUAGAUCACGAUGUUAUGAGUGUGGCUCUCUUAUUAUUAUUAUUAUUAUUAUUAUUAUUAUUAUUAUUAUUGCCAUUUAUAUAAUGCCAACAGAUUCCGUAGCGCUUUACAAUAUUAUGAGAGGGGGAGAUGUAACUAUAAAUAGGACAAUUACAAGAAAACUUACAGGAACAAUAGGUUGAAGAGGACCCUGCUCAAACGAGCUUACAGUCUAUAAUGUUACAGAAUACUCCUAUAAUGUGAAAUAAAAAAAUAUAAUGAAAUAAAAGGAUUAAAAAUUGAAUGUGAGUACUGAAAUCACAUGCCAAAUCAAAUUAUUUUCUAAUACUGACACUUAUCAAGAAUGACAAUUAUUUUACUAGUGAGAACUAGAAAUAUAGAACUAUAUACUAUGUGUUUAAAAGUAUGUCGAGAAAAGCGUCAAACAAGAGACAGUUUAGAUAACCUGAAUAUGUCUCCGAGCAUAAUUGCAUCGGAAUUUUUCUCAUUUAUCGUUUUUAUUGAAUGACAAUUGCAACACAUAACAUGGUAAUUAAUUUCAAGUCGCCUACACAGCGAUAUUUGCGGAUAACAUUCUACAUGUCGCCCUAUGUAGAGCCUUAUUUCUCGCUCAAUUGAUCAAUUAACCGCUUAAGUAUACAAAUAGUCAUACAAAUAAUCUGUGUGUCAGGCGAUGUUCGAUGUGUUACAUACAUACAGUUUCAAAGCAUGCGGUACAUUUUUUGUUUUUUAUAGUUAACUUGGGAGGGGUUGGGAUACAGAAGGAAAAAGGGGGGGGGGGGGGGGAGAUCCCUGGACACAGCUUCACAUCGCAGCCAGCAGUACAGUACAGAUCACCUUCCUUAUGUAGCUUGUGAGAUUGAUGAGGCUAUAUGUACCCUGAGCACCUCAACGCCCUGACCCCUUUGGUCCCUUAACGUUUGCGCCUGUGUGCUCCCUUAUUGGCCCACUAUGAUGGUUAACCAUUUGGUUUGAGCAGUCGGUUUGUCUUAGUUGUCAGUCAGGGACUAUGUGGCCGCCCAACAUACCCAUUCUUUAUCAUACUUUGCUGGCCAUUUUCUCGUACAUACUAAUCACAUUCAUUUUGUUGAUAAUCACCUCUAUCUGAGGAAUUUGUUUGCUUUUCCAGUUACCAGCUAAAGCUACUUUUGCUAUCGUCAGUAUAUUCAGAAUCACUUUUUUGUGUGGAUGCGUGACUAGGUCUGGUAUGACAUGUAAUAAGUACUUUUCCGGUCGCAAUGGGAUAGAGGUGCCAGUUUUACUCGAGAUCAGGAUUUGGAUUUGUUUCCAGAAUCCGUCUAGCAACGGGCAUUUCCAGAACACAUGUAGCAUGGUUCCAGUGUCCGACUCACAUCUCCAACACAAGUUCGUAGCGCCUGAGUACAUACUCGCUAGUCUCUGUGGUACCAGAUACCACCUCAUAGUUAUCUUGCAAUAGGCCUCCCAUAGCGAGAGGCUACUCGAUGCCUGUUUUGUAUUUGCCCUUGCAGACUGCCAGUCUGCUUGGGAGAUAUGAAGUCCCAGGUCCUGCUCCCAUUUUGCCAUGUAUUUCAGUUUAUCUGGGGUGUUUUCUGUGACCAACGCAUUAUAACAUAGGGAGAGCGGUUUUGCUGCUUUUAUCAGAGAUAAGUGGCUAGGUUGGAGUACCGGAGAGUCAGUUCGAGCGACUGUGUGGUUACCAUGGGUUAGUAUUAUAUUUUUGAUCCUUAAAUAAAGGUACAGAUCUCUCAAGUCUAACCCCAGUUCCUCUUUCAAUUCAGGGAAUGGUUUCACCGCAUCUCCUGACAUUAAAUCCCUCACUAAUCUCGCUCCCUUGUUAAGCCAUUUGCCCACCUGUAUGCCUGGGGAGUAGGCUGCUAGUGUCGUGAUGGGUGCCUCCCUAAAUAACCGUACUGGGUCCAGUACCUUCGGACACCAGGUCUUCCAUGCUGUAAGCAUAGUGAUCGAGCAUCUCAGGGUCAUGCCCGCAGAUGUUCGGGGCGUGGAGCAUGUCCACAAGUAAUGGACUGUGUCGUGUGCCUCUAGGCAUUCAUUUUCUAAUGACAGCCAGAGCGGUUUACGGGGGAGAUUAUGGAUCCUAAUGAGUCGCAGACCCUGUGCCAAGAAAGAGGCCCUGUAGUAUGCCGUUACAUCCGACAUCCCCAGUCCACCUUGGACGUAAGGGAGACCCAGGCACCCUUUAUUCACUCUCGGGGGCUUCCUCUUCCAGAUGUGUGCAUUGAUCGUGCUUUGGAAUUGUUUGAGCAGCGCAGUCGGGAGGAAUAUGGGCAGGCUUCUGAAUAAGUAUAGUAUGUGUGGAAGUGUCAUCAUUUUAAUUAGAUUAAUACGUCCUAGCCAGGAGGUAUCCAUGCUAGCCCACUGUUCGAGGGAGGAUUUGAUUUUCUUUAGCACGGGGAAGUGAUUUUCUUUGAUCACCGUUUGAAGGGAUUUGGUGAGGUUUACACCUAAGUAUUUUAAGGAAUUGGUGCGCCAAUCGAAGGGGUGCUGCGGUUUUAUCCUUUCUAAUGUAGGUUUUGGUAGGUUUAUGGGUAGAGCUUGCGUUUUGGUUAUGUUGUUUUUAUAGUACGAUACCUUCCCAUAGUCUACCAGCGUUCUCAUGAGAUUGGGAAGGGAGGACUCUGGUUUUGUAACAAACAGCAGUAUGUCAUCGGCAAACAGAGCUAGUUUCUUUUCGCCCCCCUGGGUAUGCAGCCCAUGUAUAUUGGGAUCAUUUUUUACUAUUCUUAUUAGCGGUUCCAAGCAUAGGAUAAAUAUUAGGGGGGAAAGAGGACAGCCUUGUCUGGUGCCAUUACAUAUGGCGAGCCUGUUAGAUACGAAGCCCGUGCUAAAGACUUUUGCUGAAGGGUUUUGAUACAGUGCCAUUAUGCUCGAACUAAAGUUUAGUGGGAAUCCCAUUCUGGUGAGGGUGAGUGACAUAUACCUCCAAUGUAGGCGAUCGAACGCCUUCUCAGCGUCAAGCGCUAGCAAGAGUCCCGCUUGAUGCGAGACGUUCGCCCAUUCAAUCAGGUUCAGGAAAUGUCUAGUGUUGUCCCCUACCUGACGCCCCUGGACGAAGCCCGCUUGCUCCUCCGAGACGAGGUCUGCUAGGAUUGGUUUAAUUCUGGUAGCGAGGAGUUUGGCAUACAAUUUGGUGUCUGCAUUCAGGAGGGAGAUCGGACGUAGGUUUGCGCAGUGUGUGGGGGGUUUGUUGGGUUUGGGUAACGUCACUAUAUGUGCCUCCAGCAUUUCCGUGGGCAUAUUCCCUGCAGUUUUUAUGUGAUUGAAUAGGUUGGUGAGAGGCGUGAGUAGUUGUUUGGUCAGUUUUAUGUAGUAGUAGUUGGAUAUUCCGUCUGGUCCGGAGGCCUUAUGUUUGGGGAGGGAUUUGAUUGCUAUUUCUACUUCGCCCUCCGUGAAGGGGUUCUCCAGUUGGGUUCGUUGCGCUUGCGUUAGACUGGCUAAGGGCACUCUGUCUAGAAAACGUACUAUCUCGUCUUCCGUCGGUUGGUGUGUGGAGGGAUCUUUUUCUAGUUGAUAUAGUGAGGCAUAAUAUUUCGCUAGUUCGUUCACUAUGUCUUGGGGGUUGUAUAAUUUAUCCCCAGUUGUGGAGGUUAUGUACGGGAUUUUUAGAUUGCAAUUUAGUUUGUUUCGCUUUAUUGGCCAGCAUUUUCCCAGCUUUAUUACCCAUAACAUAGUAUGAUUGCUUCAAAAACCUCAGGUGUCUUUCUGUUACAGCGAGGUUGAGGCUAUGAAGUGUUGUGCGAAGUGACAUCAGUCGCUUAUGUGUUGCCGUUGUAGGGUUUGUUUUAUGGGCGGAUUCUACUAAGGCCAGAUCUUUCUCUACCUUGUCCAGUGUUGUGUUGUGCAGCCUCUUUGUUCUAGCCCCUAUCUGGAUUAAUUCUCCCCUCAUGACGGCCUUAUGGGCCAGCCAUUUUGUAGCGUCGGAUGACGAGCAGUCUACGUGGUCAGCGAAAAAUUCUUCAACCCGGACCUGUAUUCGUUGGAGAUGUGCCGGUACGUCUAAUAGACUUUCAUUCAGGCGCCAUGUGCCUCUACCCCUAGCUGGAUACGGAAUUCGCAUAGUGACAACAUAUGGGGCAUGGUCGGACCACGUGAUUGGCCCAAUGUGAGCCUUAAUGGCGAAUGGCAGUGUUUUGGUGUCAAGUAGACAAAGAUCAAUUCUCGUGUAGGUCCUAUGGACCGACGAGUAAUACGUGUAGUCCCUCCCGCUCGGGUUCAGGCCUCUCCAGGUGUCAUAAAAGUUAUGCCCAUGCAAUAAUUUCCUAAAAUGUUGGCCUAGUGAGACUGAAUGUUGUUGUGGUAAUUUGUUCCCCUCUCGUUUUAUAUCGACAUCGGGAUCUGGAGCGCAAUUAAAGUCCCCGCAUAUAAUUGUGUGGCCCUUUCUGAACUUGUCAAUUGUCCUAAACACUUUGCUGAGGAAGGUUUUUUGUUUAUCGUUCGGCGCAUAUAUGGAAGCUAUAGUCACCGCUAAACCAUUUAAGGAGCCCACUAAUAUUAGUAUUCUCCCAUCUCGACUGGCAAAUUGAUUGGAUGGCGUGAAUGCCCAGUCCCUAUGGAAAUAGAUAGCAACUCCUUUAGCCUUAGUGUUUGGCAUUGCGUGGUAUCCUUGAGGAUACUGUUUGACAUUGAGUGUGGGAUGUUUCCUAAUACAGAAGUGCGUCUCUUGGAGGCCUAUAAUCGCUGCCUUGGACUUGGUCAUUUCCUGUAUUGCUAGCCUCCUUUUGUGUGGGCUAUUGAGACCCUUAACGUUUAAGGUUAGGAUUGUCAGAGAGUCAUCCAUGAUCCUGGUGUAGUGUUAUGCUAUGCUGGGGCCGUGGGACGGCAUUCGCUGCCUGCGACAUGCGAUACGCUACUGAUCUGGGACUGAAAGGGGGGAAUGUAGGGAUGAUGGACAUAAAAACAGGGAGGGAAAAACAAUAACUUAAGUAUGUACAAAGCGCCAUGGAGAAAACUAGCGCUCUACGUGGGUGAGGUGUGAGCGGGCAGACUCUGUCCGUCUCACGUCUCAUCCUGGGGACGCACCUGGGAGAUUCAGCCGAGUGCGUGACGGCUUUCCUCCAGUUAACCUUAUUCCUACCCCACAAACACGUCUGAGAUGUCCAGCCAGGACCCACCAAUGGAACACCCACAAGACCCUCCCCUCCAUCUUGCUAUCAUGGAUAUGUUAUGCCGUCACAAAACCUGUAUAGUAUAUAUUGUCUGAGUCGUGACUUCUGCACCCCAUACUUCCCACUUGCUAUAGUACUCUUAGAGAUUGCGUCCCUACCGUCCCCAUUGUAUCUGCCCUGAGUCCCCACCCUCUGGGUUUUAACAGGUUUGGUCACUCCGCUACGUAAUGCUUUACUCCUUGGGCAAUAGGGAUUCGCAUAUAAUGUAUCACAGUAAGAGGUUCAGAAUAACAUACUCACAAUCCAGUUACAUUUGCAUGUCACAGAGCGGAGGCUAGUAUUGGGUUAGAGUGUCUCUCAGUGUCCAAUUCUACAGUGGGUUAGUGGUAUGUCCCUGUUGGGCCCCGACUGGAGUUCUAUUCUUUUCUUUGUGGCGAGCCCGCCAUCUGCCAGUCAGCAUGCGGUCCUCUCGGGGAUGCUGUAGUCGAAGCGUCUCUCGGUUGUAGCGGGAAUAGGCCCCAUUCUUUUAGUAAGCGCAUUCCCACCUCCGGUUCGUUGACGGUAUGCGUUUUGGCAUUCCUCCAUAUAAGUAGUUUUGUAGGAUAGCCCCAUCUGUAUUGUAUGCCGUUGUUUCUCAGGGACUUUGUCACGUUGAUGAAUUCUCUGCGUCUGCCCAUGGUCAUAGCUGACAGGUCUGCGUAUAAUUGAACACCCGUGUAUGGUGCGGGCAUCUCGGUGAUUUUCCUCGCCGCCUGCAGUAGGUGGUCCUUCGUCUUAUAGUAGUGGAAGCGAGCGACCACGUCGCGUGGCGUAUCUUUUUGCAGAUUCUGCGGUUUCGGUAGUCUGUGGGCUCGGUCCAUGAGCCAUUCUGGCUCCGAUAUCUCCGGCGCCAGCGACUUGCACAGGGAAGUAAGGUAUUGCGGCAAUUGCUCUCUCGUGACGCUUUCUGGAAUACCACGGAAGCGAAUAUUGUUUCUGCGUGAGCGAUCUUCCAUGUCCGCUAAUUUUCUUUUUAAGAACUGUUGUUCACUCACUAAUUGUUGUACUGUGUCUGCCAAGGCAUCUUGCGCUGCGCAUAUGUCAUCAGUACGUGUUUCUAAAUUGUUUGUUCUUUCCCCCAGAUCUGCUAUUUCCUUCUUAAUAUCAUUUGUGGCUUUUUUCAAAUCAGACUGCAGGAUGAGUCUAAAGUCUUUCAGCAUUGCAUAAAGUUUUCUUUCUGUAACUGGGGCAUCAGUGUAUACUUGCUCCUCAUUCUCUGUGGGAGGGUUUGAGGCCUGUGAGGAUUCCAGUUCCUCACCGCCGCCAUCUUGCGCCGGCCGCGACCGGUCUUUUUUCCCGUGGCGGAUCGGAUCCGUCAGCUUAGUCUGCUUUGCCGGGGCCAUGGGAGGUGAGGGGAAGAUAACCCGCCCGUUUCUCACCGUCAGCCGGGGGGUAAGAGCUGCUAUAAGUCACGCUGUAGCCGUCUCGGACCGGGAGCUCUCACUCCAUGCGUCCGUUCCACUCGGCAGUCGAACACGCCCCCAUUGCAUUGGAAUUUUAAUGGUAAUGAAUUGUAUAUUUUAUUUGUUUUAAGUUGUGACAACAGUUAAGUGACGGAUAUUUUGUGGAUGGACAAAAUAUUAACUAAAUAGAUUAUAUUUAUCCUAUUUUACCGAUGGCAUUCUGUCCGAUGUAGCAGCUAUUAAAUUAUUUAACAAAAUGUAUUGGCAUAGUGACUUAGGUGAUUACAGCUUGUAUAUCAGUUUUGUGUAAAUUGUAACAGGUAGGUUAAACGGAUUUUAAUGAAACACAAUACGUAACUAAAUUAACUGUAUUGACACUGUUUUACAGAUAUGGUGUCUGAUAGGCAUACAGUAACAGGUUUUGAGAGGUCUUUACUUAUUAUUUUAUUAUUUAUAUAGCGCCAACAAAUUCUGUAGUGCUGUACAAUGGGUGGACUAACAGACACAUAAUUGAGAUCAGACCACUGGACGUACAGGAACAGAGGGGGUUGAGGGCCCUGCUCGAUGAGCUUACAUGCUAGAGGGAGUGGGGUAUGGUGACAUAAAGGAUUAAAGUAGGGGAAUUAAAAAGUUUGUUAGAGAAGGGUUUAUUGAGUGCUUGGUAGGUCAUUUUUGACAGUUGCAGGAACGGAGUCAUGGGGUGGGGGAUGAGAAACCUGCUGACAGUUUAAUUGAUAUGCUUUAAUGAAGUGAGUUUUCAAAGAUUUUUUGAAGGAGUGGAGGCUGGGUGAAAGGGAAGGGAGUUCCACAGAAUAGGUGCAGCCCUGGAGAAGUCUUGAAGGCAAGCAUCAGAGGUGGGGAUCCGAGCAGAGGAUAGGCGUAGGUCUUGGGCUGAGCGCAGAGGUCUCGAUGGGACAUACUUGUGUAUGAGGGAGGAUAAGUAUGUUCUAGCAGCAUUAUGUAGGGAUUUGUAAGCAAGUGCCAUAAUUUUGAAUUGGGCCUUAUAUCUAACUGGAAGCCAAUGCAGGGACUGACAGAGCAUGGAGGCGUGGGAGGUGCGACAGGACAUAAAAAUAAACCUCGCAGCCGCAUUCAUUAUAGAUUGCAGCGGUGCAAGCUGGGAACAUGUAAGACUGGUGAGAAGGCAAUAGUCAAGGCGAGAGAGAACAACAGCAUGAACCAGUACCUUAGCCGUGUCCGGCGUUAGUUAUGGGCGGAUGCGCGCUAUGUUCUUGAGUUGGAAGCGACAGGAUUUGGCUUUCGAUUGGACAUGAGGAGUAAAAGCGAGGUCAGAAUCAAAAAGAACCCCUAGGCAGCAAGCCUGCGUGGUAGAGGUGAUAGUAGCGCUGUUGACUUGGAUGGAGACAGACACAGGAGUAGCAGCACUUGAGGGAGGAAAAACUAGAAGUUCUGUUUUGGACAGGUUGAGUUUAAGGAAGUGAGCAGCCAUUCAGUUGGAAAUAGGCAGUCAGAAACACGAGUCAAGGUGGGCGGAGAGAGAUCAGUGGAGGACAGGUAGAUUUGCGUGUCAUCUGCAUAUAAAUGAUAUUGGAAGCCAAAGAAGCUGAUGAGUUUACCAAGGGAGGCAGUAUAGAUAGAGAACAGUAGGAGGCCGAGGACAGAACCUUGGGGGACGCCGACAGAGAGGGAUUGGGGAGAAGAGGCAGAGCCAGAGAAAGAAACACUGAAAGAGUGCUGGGACAGGUAGGAGGAGCACCAGGAGAGAGAGUAGUAUCCUGUAGACCAAAGUUACAGAGAAUGUGAAGAACUGUUCAUACAGUGUCAAAGGCGGCAGAAAGAUCAAGGAGGAUUAGGAUAGAGUAUUGGCCGCGAGAUUUAGCAGCAAUUAAAUCGUUGGAUAUUUUGGUCACAGCAGUUUCAACAGAGUGACCACCACGGAAUCCAGACUGAAGGGGAUCAAGCAGAGAGUUGGAUUCGAGAAAGUCUGUCAAUCUGGCGUACACAACUCUCUUGAGGAUCUUGGAGGCAAAUGGCAGUAGCGAGAUAGGGCGGUAGUUGGAUGGGGAGUUGGGAUCAAGGUUGGGCUUUUUCAGAAUCGGGGUUAUGGUUGCAUGUUUGAAGGGUGAGGGAAAUGUACCAGAGGAAAGGGAGAGAUUGAAAAUGUUAGCGAGAGGAAGAGCAAGAGAGGGAGACAAAGUGCGGAUGAGAUGCGAGGGAAUAGGAUUGAGGGAGCAGGUGGUGGGGCGGGAGGACAAGAGCAGAGCAGAAACCUCUUGUGCUGUAGCAGGUGCAAAUGAGCAUAGGAUGGCAGGGGGAGUGGGUAAUGUUACUUAUAAACAUUAAAGCCGUGACUUAUUUAUGGCCAUUUCAAAGUAAAUGUCCGGAUCUAUGGAAUUGUGCAAUGUAAUACAUGGUCUCUUGUUGCAAAAUUGUAUCAAGAGUAAGAUGAGUCGUGGAUAUAUUACUUUUAUUUCAAAACAGUAACUGACGAAAUAAUGCCAUGAUACUAAGGCUACCGUAUAAGCAGUUGGUAAUAUGUUUACAAUGUCAUAAAAAUGAGGACUUUAAUGUCACCAUAGUGCUGGUCCUAGUUAUUGAAUUGCCUACAUUCCAGAGAAGCGUACUAGAUGAGUCAUGGCAAUAGGAAUAUUAGAGUUGAGCUAGAUCAGGGGUGGGCAGUCUGCGGCCCUCCAGAUGUUUUGGACCACAUCUCUCAUAAUGCUUUUAGGGCCAUAAUGCUAGCAAAGCAUCAAGGGAAAUGUAAUCCAAAACAUCUGGAGGGCUGUAGAUUGCCCACCCCUGAGCUAGAUGGUCAAGACAUAUAGGGGCAGCAUAAUUAAGGAAAUUAGAAAAAGCAACUUCUUAAAGUGCCUAUAGAGAAUUAAUGACUGUCAAAAUAAACAGUGAUUUAUCAUUAUAGCUUAUUGUAAAGUCGGAAGAUACAGUAAUUAUCCAUGAAUAAAAGGAGUAAAGUUAAACUCCUCGUUUAAGACUCAAGGUGCCAAUGUUUGAAAAACUUGUCUCCAUUUUGAUUCUUGUCUUGGCAAUUUUAAAUUAAAAUUGUCCUUUCUGGAGUUCAGGGUCAUCAUUUCAAGAGCAUGAAAUUUGAGAUUAGAGACAUCACUAUUAUGUACUUUCCUGAUGUGGUUGGCUACUGGAGUGGUGAUGUUUAGAUUGGUAACUGUAUUGACAUGCUGUAAAAGUUUUCCCAAAUACUGUAUUCCACAGCUGCAGUUGAUAACAGAUGAUUUUCGUAGAGGUAGAGUUUAUGAAUUGAUUGAUAGGAUUUAGUUUUUUGUUUUUUGUACACUCAAUGAUUUUGGAUGGUUUUAUGAAAUCACAUGCCUUACAGUGCCUGCACCUAUACAUACCUUUGGUAGUAGUAAGCCAAGUUUUGGGAGACAAUUCAGAUUCUAAGUGGCUGUGUACCAGGAUGUCUCAAGUCUUAGGUCUGCAAGCUGUGAUGCUCGGAAAUGUAUAUAGAUGGUUUGUCAAAUCCCCAUCAUGUGUCAAAAUUGGCCAAUGUUACCAUAGUCGAUCAAAUGUACCUAUAAAACAUAUUGUUUGUUUCUCUUGUUUCAUUCGACUGGUGCUCAUAUAUGUAGUUCUUUCCAUGGAGUUGACCCGUUGAAAUGCUCGUUUUAACACUUUAUUCAGAUAGCCUUGGGACUUAAAACAUUUUAUGAAGACUACAGUAAAGUAAAUCAAAACCUACGGGAGGAGAUAAAGUGAAAAAAUUCCAGAGUAGAUCAACUUAUCCUUUGGUGGAGACCAAAUUACAUAACCUUGACUGCUUCAAAAAUUACCUUAAAUAUAAAAAGCAUGAAAAGUUCCUUAGUGAUCACAAAGAUUUUAAGGAUGGUAAUCUUUCGUACUAAAAAACAGACUAGAAUACGAUUUGGCAGUAGACUAAGCUCAGUAACUAGGUAUACAGGUGGGUCAGAGUAAGACUCUAGCUAAACCACUCACAGAAGGGGUUCUCGGUCUUUAUCACGUUCCCAACAGGGCAGCAAGAGUAUGCUUAGAAGACAGGAAAGAUCUGUGUCCUUCUUGGAAACCCCACACCCCUGUCCCCUCAACAUUUUUUGCACCAAUGGCUUUUUUAGUCCAAGAUUGGUCAGCCCCACAAAGAGGCAAACUAAGGGACAGGAGAAAGUGGGGUUACAAAUAACAAAAGCCAAUAAACAUUGCCAAUAGUGACAAUGAAGAUAACAAAAUAAUCAAUUUGUCAAACUUUGUAUUGUCUAAUGAUCACAUUUCACUACUAAAGAAAGGUUUAUCGUUUGUUCCUACUCCUGGAGCCAAUAUAUUUGAUUGGCUAAAAGACACAAAUUUGUUUGGUAGGAAAUUAGCACUAUGUUCUUUACACAAACAGAACAAAAAUUUAUGUAAAGAAAUUGGCAUCUGAAGACCACACUCAUCUGCAAUCUUUAGUCCAACUACUUGAGGAACAGGAAAACAUUCCACCUCUUACAGAUUUGAGAAUCCUAAAUUGGUACAAUCUGAGCUUUAAAGGAUCUAUUUUUCCAGAUGACUACCAAUAAGAUCAAAAAGCUAUCGAUACCCGAAAAACAGAAAUAGAAGUGUAGCGGACCCCGGGUAACCCUAACUGUUACCCCCGCUAAUUCCCUUCCUUCAGCCAUUCAGGAACCAUUUCUGAAUAUCAAGAGACCCAUUUCCUCCCAGUAACUGGACGACACACCGUUCUGGAGGUACAACAGAGAACAAACUUUUAUUGAUAUACACAGCUUUUUAUGCCCAUACCCCCCUUAUAAUUCGGUUCAACACAAUCCCAGGCUGGAGGGGGGUGGUUUUCAGAUAACCAUCUAUCGCUCUGGGAGAUACCAACUGCACAGCAAUUACCAACAGUAAAACACAAUACCUACAUUGGGGAAACUUAGGAGCUCCGCGCCCCAGGAAGAGAAGGGGGUACACACCUGAAACAUACACCCCUGGAUACCCCCGGGUCCCAGCUAGGACAUCUGUGAAUGGUGGGGCUAUUGUAUGUACAGAAGAAAGCCCGAGAAAUAAUCGUAUGAAGUCGGGGCUCUGUACAUUCCCGAAAAUUAGUUCCAUGGGAUUGCUUGGCUUAGGCCAGUCGAUUCAAACUUCUCGCCCAAACCAAGCAAUGACCAAUCAGAGGAAAGGCAAAACCAGUUUGCGCCAAUCAGCACUCAGGGAGGAGAGGGAGUUCACCGCCCAAUUGGGAGAAAGGGCGCAAAACCCCAUUUGGAUGGGCGCUCCUUUUCCUAUUGGUCGCCGGAGACCCGCAGCAACCAGUCAGCGCGCACUCGUGCCGGCCUAUCAGAGGAAAGGGCGCAAAACCAAAUCUCGCCAAUCAGUGCUCAGGGAAGUGAGGUGUGAGGGUGCGAACCAAUUUGAAUGGUAGCUCUUCUCCCAUUGGCUGGCACAAACUUCCAGGCAGCCAGCAGGACUCUGUGGCGGUGUGGCCGACUCACAGUUCCAGGGAUUUUCUGCUGGCUCGUUUCUCUCUCUCUCUCUCUCAUAUCUCUCAUCUCUCAUCUCUACGCGGAGAGUGCGCUCUGGGCAGCCACUAGCCCGGGUAGUGAUACAGCUCUUUUAGGAUUAGGUUAGCGUGGUCCGAGCCGCCAGUACCCCACAAGGUAUCCCCACUAACAUCAGGGCCCGGUGAGAAGCCCCCCGCAAGGGAAGCUUCCCUUUUCGGGAUACGAAUGCUCCUCAUGGCGGCCAUCCUGGGGAGCGCUCAUUAAUUACUUCCCUUGCGGUUUCACAACUAUGUUGCUGGUGCGAACGUUCUGACUUAAUUGGUGUGAACGUUCCACUUUUUAUUGCCUCCCCAAGGUACAUAAAAUCAGACAACAACCUCUGGGGAUACUUAUUGUAUCAGGCAACGGUUCUCUGACCGAGAAUGCAAGUAGCUUCAUUGAAAAACUUUUACAUCCUUUUGUCACCAAUUGUCACAGUAGUGUACCCCAACACGCAAGAUUUAGUCCGAGAGACAAGAUAAAAAGCUACGUCUUACCGGGCAUUAGAAUGACCGAACUCCGACCUAGACAGGGAAAAGACAGUCAAGAACAAGCCGAGGUCAAGGGAACAGAGAGACAGCGAAAACAAGAACUAGCCAAGGACUGGUACACAGGAGUCAGGAAACCGGCGAACAAGACAAAUCAGGCAUAAAGAGAAAAACAGAGUCAGGAACAAAGCCAUGGUCAAGCACGAAAAAAACACUACUAGACAAAGCAAGCACUAAAGGGAACUGAAUCAGAAACCACGGUAGGGCAGGGAGCUAAGGGAAAGGUGAGUAUAAAUACCUUAGUAUUUAAUUUAAUUGGCCCCUGUCAUAUCAACGCUCCCAAAACCUGAGUGUAUGGGGAAUGUGGAAUGACAUGGGCCAAUGGGAGACCGUUUUGCAUUUUGGCUCCCACUGUCCCUUUAAAAGUGUGCCCGAUAAGCGUGGCCCACUCCCUGUGCCAGGCGAGUCACGUGGCCACGUCUUGCGGCCAGUGCACACCUGCCGGAUCUCCCCAUCGGGCGAGCCGCACGCGGCUUGUGCAGAUGCAGGACCACACGCGGCAGGGAAAGAGGGCCUCGCCCGGCCGCCGGAGAGGGUAAGUACCGCUACAACAAAUUAAGCCUCUUAUGUUUAGACACCAAGCAGACUUUGUUGAUCUUGGAAGAUCUUGUGGUACCACCAUAUACCCUACUGGCAAGCCUAGAUGUAGAGAUCCCUCCACAACAACAUUCCCCAUGAGAUUGGUUUUUAAAGCGACCUUAUAUUUUCUCAAUCAAUCUGAAAGCUUACACCUUCCAAAAAAUAAUUUAUAUUGAAGUUACUCCAUAUUCUUCUAACACAUUACUUUGUGUUUAAUAGGAACCAUUACUUACCAAUGAGGGGUACAGCCAUGGGCACAGCUUGUCAACUUGGCAACCCAUCUAUCUCAAUUUCCGAGCAUCACAGCUUGCAGACCUAAAACUUGAGACAUCCUGGUACACAGCCACUUAGAAUCUGAAUCGGCUCCCAAAACUUGGCUUACUGCUACCAAAGGCGUAUAUAGGUGUGGGCACUGUAAGGCAUGUGAUUUCAUAAAACCAUCCAAAAUCAUUGAGUGUGCACAAACAAAAAAAAUAUUUCAAACAUUGGCACCUCGAGUCUUAAACGAGGAGUUUAACUUUACUCCUUUUAUUCAUGGAUAAUUACUGUAUCUUCUGACUUUACAAUGAGCUAUAAUGAUAAAUCACUGUUUAUUUUGACAAUCAUUAAUUCUCUAUAGGCACUUUAAGAAGUUGCUUUUUCUAAUUUCCUUAAUUAUGCUGCCCCUAUAUGUCUUGACCAUCUAGCUCAAUUCUAAUAUUCCUAUUGCCAUGAAUCAUCUAGUACGCCUCUCUAGAAAGUAGGCAAUUCAUUAAUUAGGACCACCACUAUGGUGACAUUAUGGUCCUCAUUUUUAUUACAUUGUAAACCUAUUACUAACUGCUUAUAUGGUAGCCUUAGUAUUAUGGCAUUCUUUUGUUGGUUACUGUUUUGAAAUAAAGUAAUCUAUAUAUGACUCAUCUUACUUUUUUUGCAACAAGAGACCAUGUACUACAUUGCACAAUUCAUUUUAGAUCCCACAGAGAUUGCAUUUAGUUGUCUGUUGAUUUCCACUUCCAACAGUAUUUAUGUGCCAUAGAUCCAGACAUUUACUUUUAAAUGACCACAAAUAAUAAUUUUUAAUCCUUUUAUUUAAUGAUAUUUUUUGAUAUCCCAUUAUAGGAGUAUUCCGUUACAUCAGAGAGCCACACUCAUAACAUCGUGAUCUACGGUUUAAUAGUUCAUUCCCAUGGUCCAUCUCUCCUCCUCCAUUUGUUAACGAUCUCUUCAUCACCAAUCAUUGAAAUUACAACCUUCGGUGCACUAACAGCCUAUUGGUGUAUUCAAAUAUGGCUGAUCCAAUCAGAUUAAAGCAUUCUCCUUCUUACAUCGGCAAUAUCGUAUGUCCAGUUCCCCUCUGAUGAGCUCAAUAAGCCAAACAUGUGUCAGGGGCUUAUUUGCUCUUACUAGCAUCUCACCACAGAAGUGCUACCAGGCAUUCAGAUCUGUUGUUUGUUCUGACUGUGUUAUUUAUUUAUCAGCACUAGGUUUUAUAGCAAAACUGACUUUAUUUAUUUACGGGUGGUGGGUAAGCUACUUUACAGGACAGGAUAGGGAAAAUCUUUUUCGGGCUUAAAGGAACACUAUAGUCACCUAAAUUACUUUAGCUAAAUAAAGCAGUUUUAGUGUAUAGAUCAUUCCCCUGCAAUUUCACUGCUCAAUUCACUGUCAUUUAGGAGUUAAAUCACUUUGUUUCUGUUUAUGCAGCCCUAGCCACACCUCCCCUGGCUAUGAUUGACAGAGCCUGCAUGAAAAAAAAACUGGUUUCACUUUCAAACAUAUGUAAUUUACCUUAAAUAAUUGUAUCUCAAUCUCUAAAUUGAACUUUAAUCACAUACAGGAGGCCCUUACAGGGUCUAGCAAGCUAUUAACAUAGGGGAUAAGAAAAUCUUAAUUAAACAGAACUUGCAAUAAAGAAAGCCUAAAUAGGGCUCUCAUUACAGGAAGUGUUUAUGGAAGGCUGUGCAAGUCACAUGCUGGGAGGUGUGACUAGGGUUCAUAAACAAAGGGAUUUAACUCCUAAAUGGCAGAGGAUUGAGCAGUGAGGCUGCAGGGGCAUGUUCUAUACACCAAAACUGCUUCAUUAAGCUAAAGUUGUUCAAGUGACAAUAGUGUCCCUUUAAGGGGUGCCCACGUAGGCACAAUAGGGCAACUUAUUUAACUUUGAUUCCCUUCAGAUCCUGGAUCCCUGCAUUCCUCUAUCUUAACUAUCAACUCACACUGUGAGCCGUUUAGCUCGUGAUACCAGUGCACCGCGUCUCGUUACCAUCCAAGUAUAUGGUGCCUAACAAUUAUUGCAACAUUUGUUAUACUCAUGAUUGUAGCUCUUUAGCUAAAGAUACUGUUGCACUGAAUUCGAAAACUCUCUAAGAUUGAUUACAACCCAAUUCAAUAUAUCUGACUAAUAGCUAUAUUUCACAAAACGCUCUCUUAUCACUUUGCAUUUCACAAAACCGUGCUCUUAUCACUACAAAAUCUGGCAGAUCUUUUGUCUUAAGCCUUUGCGAGCCCUUCUCUGCUAACCCAGCUCAGGCUUUCCGUGGCUGUCCAAUUACAGACUUCUCAGUGCAACUUCGGAAGAAGUCUUUGAGCAAUUACUACCUCUUGAGUUUAGCUCUACUGAACCAGGAAACAAACCAUGAAGGGAAAUAACCAGUUGUCUUAUUAAGCUAGUGGGAGUGUAACAUGGCAAAUUUAGACAAUUGCCAAAUUCUAUUAAAAUCUGCACUUUCUGUAAAUUGAAAAAAAAGGACACACUCUUUACACAUAAAACACUGUAGCAAACUGACCCAUUAAGUGUCAUAUUCCUUACAGCCAUUUGAGUAACGGUUUCAUAGAAGGGGGAAAGAUGGAUAAAAACAGCACACAUCCAUUCUCACACAAAAAAGACAGGUUAACAUACACAGUUAAAGUAGACAUCAUAUAUCAGAAUGCUUGUGGAAAUGAAAAGUUCAGUGAAAUAAAAGUGUAGUUUUCAGCUUGCCUCAUGAAAACACCUCUGUUACACAGUAAUUUACCAUUUAUUUAAUAGGUUGGUGACAUUCCUGAUGCAGACAUCAAGCCCCCUGAAAAUGUACUUUUUGUUUGCAAGUUAAAUCCUGUUACAACAGACGAAGAUUUAGAGAUUAUAUUUUCAAGAUUUGGACAAAUAAAGAGGUAUAUUUUUUAUUUAUUUUUUAUAUGUAUUGGAUGCCAUGUUAGUCAAGUCAUAGUACUAAGAGAUUUACUGCUAACUUGCCAUAUUGGUAGUGUUUGAAAUGUUUUGUAACAUCUAUUUUUUCCCCCACUUUUCUCCUACCUAGAUGUCUUUUUGUGAUGUUAAAUAAAUAAAUACAUAAAUACAGUACACUAUAGCUAUAUAGAUAUCUACAUAUUUUUGAACAAAGAAUGUUACAAGGCAAAUUGAUAGAUGUUUAACAGCAGAUUUUGCUGCUGUACUUGGGAAGAGAAAGAGUUCUUUAGACAAAGGCAGAGUUGGGAAGAGAGAGCGUGUGACUAACACAACAAAACGUCUAGUGUAAAAGGAUAUUUGUGAUGAAGACAACAUCAUCAUCAUACUUACCAUCAUAUUUAGAACUACAGAUAGCUGGUUAAUAUGUAACCUUGCAGAAAACUGGGCCAUACAAUUCUUUGACUCACAGGGCAGGCUGGGAAUGUCCCCUGAUAUCUGCAGUUUCCGCUUCGCCCAUGAUCCUUGUUUCCCACACAGUUUACAAACAUGUAAGAGAAGGAGGGCGCUACUAAAUGAUUAUGAAAAAUAGAAGAAUCAUUCACAAAGUGAUCUUUAAUUAUUAUUAAUGUGACAUAAAAAUACAUUUGUCGUGGUCAUUUAGUAGCUUCUCUCCUUCAAAGUUUGUUUUUCCACGUUCAAGUUUAUCUGUUUACAAGAUAAUCUAUGUUUGAGUUUUUAAAAGCCACUAGAGGCUCUUCCUCUUUAAGAACAUUUUUACAUUUUACAGCAAGCUGUACAUUGGAUUUAGUGCUUCUUUAUGAGAAGCUUUGGAUUAGCUGAGCUUGGCCCAUGCGCAAACCAUAGGCCUUCAGUGUUUCCUUGUGUCAGCAUGCAUUAUUAUACCAUGGGUGGGUUCUACAGCAAGAAAGAAACUCUCCCACCACUGAUUUAUAAGUAUGCUUUAUAGCUUUUUCCAACUUUUAAUCACACCACCCAGAACAUUUUAAAAUACAUUGAUAUUUCCAGAUCACAAUAUGACAUGCACUUUAUGUAUCCAACGUAGUUCAGAUUAAUUUCUGGAGUUGAAAAUUGGUAACUUCUUUGAACUUUUGGAAUAAUUUUUUUGUUCAUUGAUUUCCCAGUAUGUGAAAAUAAUUUUGUACCUAUUAACAUUAUUUUAGCUGUGAAAUCAUUCGAGACUGGAAGACUGGAGAGUCGCUUUGUUAUGCUUUUAUUGAGUUUGAAAAGGUAUGGAUUUAUAGUAUAUAAGCAAACUAAAUACAUGUUUGACUGCUUUGUACUUGUUUACCUCAUCAACAACUAUAGUAAUCACUGUAGCAGCUUUCUGCUUUCUGCUCCACGAUAUUACUCCUUUGGCAAAAAAGAUGAAACUUCUUGCAAUGUUGCGAUUCAGUCACUCAGCUAAAUUCCUCUAACACACUGUUAAAACAUCUGCAGGUAAAAGUGCCUGGCAUAAAUAUCUCACUACAACUAAAUAUGUUCUAAACUCUAUAGGAAUUAGGCAGUUUGGAAGUCUUUUGUAUAGUCUAAACUCUCACAUAGCAAACGUAACCUUUACAUGGUCAUAUGGCAAGAAAGCCAGCUUGGUGAAACCAUUGGCCUACAUAUAGGGGUUGCAGCUGCGACCAGGCCAGUCACUCCAGGGGGAAUAAAAACAGGUGAGUAAGCGCUAAAUAACACAAGUGGGCAGCAACCCUAAAAAAGGGAAUCCCUCAAAAACCCUUUAGGAUAAGACACAAAAAAUACAGAAAAAGGGCUGCGCUUAAAUAAUAAAUAUAUAAAAGUCCAGAUAAAAUAAAUAAAUAAGUAAAUAAAUAAAUAAAUCAGAAGAGGUCUUAUCUUGCAAUGUCCGUAGUGCUUAGUCAGAGGUAAUACUCUUGCUUUCUGUCUUGCUUUCUGUCUUUCUUGUGGAUCGUCUCUUAUGUAAGAUAUAAAAACAAAUACAAAACCACAAUGGUGCAGUAUAUCUAUAUGUGUAAGGAAUAAAAUAUAGAGGCUUGAUUGCGAACUCACAUAUCCAAGAGCUAGGACCUGCUCUGGUAUAGAAGGCGUACAGCGGUUUAGAUCCCCGCUUAUGGGAUAUAGGAUGGUUAUCCUCCACGUGUUUCCUCCUUCCGUGGUUUAAAAGAUGCUCAAAUAAAAAGAGACAGCCAAUAGUGUUCUCUGCAUAAAAUUAAACUCCAAUAUAAAAUAAAAUAAAAAAUGGAUACUCACAAGACAGGAGCAGGUCAACUGCUCCUGGUAUUUCGCACUGGUGGAAUAAUCCCCACCUAGGAUUGCUUGGAGUCCAGCGAAUGAUGCCAGGUAACAAUAAUAAUUAUAUGUGUAUUAAAAGAUAAGUAGUACAAUAAAAGAUUAUAAAAUAUACUUUAAUUGUAAUAUUACACAAUAUAAAAAACCAUAAACGCGUUUCGCCAAUCGGCGUUAUCAAUAUGGGUAAAGUACCUGAUACCUGGCAGAAGAUCAUUUAAAUAGCAUACUCAAUAGACCUCUGUGACCGGGUGCCUGCCAUCAUCAUUUGCGGCCCUGGCACGCGCGGCAAACUGCCCGGGCCACAUGUUAAGGUGCCCAUCGGGCGACCCAUGCUGUCAGGGCCACCAGAUGGGUAUGGAUUUUCAGAGGGCCUGGUCAGCGCUGCAGCGCUUUAACAGCGUGACCAGGCCCCCUGCGAUGAGUUCAUCACACGCUGAGAGGAAGUGACUCCCUGUCACUCCUCCCAGCUAUCACUGAGAGCCCGUAUGGGAGGAAGCAAAUAGAGUCAGAGUGGGAACUCUGACUCCCAUCAACCUGAGCCACCACUGGACCCCAGGGAAAGUCACCCUCCUGCACUUAAAAGGUAGGAAACAGGAGGGUGACUUAAAUAUUAUGUAUGUGUGUGUUUGUUUGUAUGUAUGUACGUCUGUCUGUCUAUGUAUGUGUGUCUUGUGUGUGUGUCUGUAUGUGUCAGUCUAUCUGUCUGUAUGUGUGUGUCUGUUUUUAUGUAUGCAUGUGUCUUUUCUUGUCUGUAUGUAUGUGUCUUUGUAUGUAUGCUUAUUGUGUGUGUGUGUGUGUGUGUGUGUGUCUGUCAGGAUGGGGAGUUAGAGGCGGGGGGGCAUGGAUCUGUUUUGCACCAGGGCCCCAUGGGUUGUGUGUACGACACUGGGUGUAAUCCUUUUUAAGGAGGCAAGGUUAUUAUGCAGCAUUCUGCAGACUCAUUAGUCAGCUGUAAUCUGAAGUGGGGAAGGCAUGAGUGUUAUGAUCAAGGGGAAAGGCUGCUAAUACACUCCUGCGUUCAGGCAAACACUGACAGUCUACAUGCAGGCAACACCACAACCGCACACUGACACUCCUCAUAUAUUUGAGGUGGUAAAUAAAAGGUCUGCUAGUAGGUUAUGACUUUACAUUUUGAGCAUUUAUGUAUUCUGUAUAUGUACUGGUGAGGUUUUUGACAUAAUGUAGAGACUAAAUUUGUUUACUUACAUACUGCUGACCUUCUCAUCCAUACGUUUUCUAGGUGAUAUGUCUACUUUAAUAAACCUACUUUUGUGCAAUAUAAUACAAGGUGAAUAUGUUUCAACAUGGACUAGUUAAAGGGUUACUCCAACCAACAUAACCACUUCUGUUUUUUGAAGUGAUCAUGGUGGUAGGAGCCUGAAUGUGCAGUGUUUCUGCUUGAAACACUGCACAUCUAUAGUUAUUGUUAAUUGUGUGCCAGGGGCAAGUUGCACCCGCCGCACACAUGACUUCAGUAGCCCUGGGCUACAUAUUAAUGCAUGACUGUCAAUUCUGUGCAUAUUUUAUGUCUAUUGUCAGUGCUCAACACACACUGCCUUUCGAUUUAACUGCUUAUCCUUUGCAGGCAGAGCUGGACAUUAACCUUAGGGCAGAGGGACACUAUAGUGUUAAGAAAAUACAGUUUUGUAUUCCUAAUGCUAUAGUGUUCUUUUACAAAAUGGAUCCUGCUUUAAAAUACUGUUCAGGGGGUUGCACAAUAAUGAUGUAGAGUUUUUAGAGUUAAGUAUUUAUUUUAAUAACUUAAAUUGUUUGUGUUUGUAAAAAUAAUUAAUCGAUUAUACACUUAUUUAGGAAGAAGAUUGCGAGAAAGCUUACUUUAAAAUGGAUAAUGUGCUGAUUGAUGACCGGAGGAUACAUGUUGAUUUUAGCCAGUCAGUAGCUAAAGUAAAAUGGAAAGGAAAAGGUACUGUUUACACCAAUAUCAAUUUCCAGUAUGCUAUUUUCUCUAUGCUGUACAUAUCUUGAAUAUAAUGUGGAACAUUCCAUAAUCACUAAAAUGUUGAAAGAUAUCCACAAUUUUAAUUUAUUCUGUACCCUACAUUGAUCUUUUUCUUCUAAUAUUUGUUUUGAUGCAGGUGGAAAAUACACAAAAGAUGAUUUUAAAGAAUACGAGAAAGAUGCUGAAAAGCAAUCUAAGCUUGCGCUGAAAGAUAAAGCCAAACCUAAACAAGAGUAUCCUUUAAAAAAAAAAAGGCAGCAACCUAUUUAAUAGUUCUGUUCUCCUCACUGUGAAUAGCAAAGAGGAAGUGAGCAGUGUGUGGGAGGUAGCUGUAUAGCUUUGACUGUCGUUAGUUCGUGCACAUUUAUGUAUGCAUGUGUGAGAAAGUGACUCAUUUGAUACAGUUAUGAGUGUGGUUACUUAGAAUGUGUUAAGGCGGGCCUUUGUGAGGGUUUGGCUAACUUUGUGUGUUGCCUGACUCCUUAGCUUUGUUCCUUAAUUUUUUUAUUUUGUUUUGGUUCCUAAUUUUUAGAAAAAACUAUUUGCGUCCUCAUGUAUGCAAUCCUCAAAAUGAGUUACAUAGGGAGCAGGAAGAACACUUUAGAAGAGUAUAUUAUUUUAAUUAAUACAUUUGAUGUCUGAUUUUAUAUUUGCUUCUAGAUAUUACCUCUAUAAAUAAUGUACACUUGUACAUAACAGGUCCACUUUAUUCAAUUUUUUUAUUUUUGCUGUGCAUAAAAAGAAUACAGUUUUUAGCUUGCACAAGUGCAAUGGAAUACAUAGGAGAAUAAUUGCAUGACGUUCACAGAUUUUGCACAUACUACUAUUGUAAAAUAUGAUGUUGCGUGGCAUUUCUAGGAUAUAGCACAAUUUUAUAGUAUAGUAGAGAUAAGAGGAUAGGAACACGUCUAGUCAGGUCUGUCUAGCCAAAAAUAAGGAUACAUACUAGGUGCAAACAUAUAUAAGUGAGUUGUAUAGCUAGAAGACAUGCCAUGCUAAGUAAUAUAUGGGUAAACAUGCUGAAUUGCAAACAUGCAAAAUACUGCUUGCUAUAUUGACAUAAUGAAUGCUACAUAAAAAUAAGCAUUCUUAUAAGAGCAACUGGCAUAAGAGGUAACCACUGGAACAAUGCUAACACUAGCACCCUGCAUUACAAAAGGUAGGUCAUGAGAGGGCAAGUAAGUAGGAUAGUAGAAGCAAGGAAUCAUGUUUAACCCCUUAAGGAGCAAACUUCUGGAAUAAAAGGGAAUCAUGACAUGUCACGCAUGUCAUGUGUCCUUAAGGGGUUAAGAGUGUAGAAUAAAGAACGUUAAACAUGCUCUUUGGGUUCUAGCUCGCAUCAUUGGGAUCAUGGGCAUAUAUUUAGAUUUGGGUCAUCCACUGGAAAAUCAGGUUGUCUCUCAUCCACUUUAAAAUAAAUAAAUAGCUAGACUUCUUAACAAAUUAUCCUAGCAACAAGUAUGAACUGGUUUUGGAUGAAGAUCUUGAGCAAUCAAGAAGUAAUAGACAGCCAAGCUCUAAACACAAAAAAGAAAAACGUCAUCAACACUAUUCUGAUGAUGAAGAUGAAAGACGAAUAAAAAAAUCCAAGGUAUUGCUUAUUUAUUAUUAUUUAUUACUGGUAUUUAUAAAGCGACAACAGAUUCUGCAGCGCUGUACAAUUAGUGUAGAACGUACAAUAUACAUAGACAAAUACAAAAGGUAGAGAGAGCCCUGCCCGUAAGCUGAUGUCUUGUCAUUGGAGCUCUUUUAUACAAAGUGCUUAGAUAGAUGGCCCGUGAGCUUACAAUCUAAAUGAUACAGUGGGGAAUUGAGACAGAAGGUAGCAGGGGAAAUGUGGAGGUGAUGGCUAAAAGAGAAGCAGCUAUUGGUGAAUUGUAAAGGGAAUGACGAGGUAAUUGAGUGAGAAUCUCAAACAGCUGGAGAAGCAUGCCAUAUAUUGGGGGGGUGGGGAGGUGACCUGGGUGGGCAGGAUAAAUUAUUAAAUAAUUAUCCUUAUUUGCAUGUGGGGGAAAAAAGGUGGUCUAUGCUAAACACCGUUGCAAGUUUUGAUUUCAGUUGUUGCAGUCCUCCACAAUGUAGAUAAGAUACUUGUUCUAUAAAGAUUUUUCUUGUCAUUAACAACUUCUGUAAGUUGGAAAUCCCAGUAAACCAUAGCAAUGCAUGUUGCAGCUAGAUUAUGGGGACCACAGCAUGCAAGAGAGAGCCUUUCUCUACAUGCAGCAAGGAGAUUGAUUUUUGGAUUAACCAGAAACAAGAAACUGAACAUUUGGAUGCUUGAUUUGCAAAUGUUUAUUGAAAUCUGUGUUAAACAAAACAAAUAAAACUGUAUUCUUGGUAAUCCUAUGAAGGUUUUUCUAAAACCCAAAAUGCUGUUUAUAUCUUGAACUAAAGGGAGUACAGUGAAACAUAUAUUCUGACUAAGUAAUAUAUGGCUAAACAUGCUGAAUUAAAGUGUUCAGAGUUUGACUAAAGUGUGGUAAAACUGGAAUAUGUUUAGAUUUACAUUGCUAAGAUUUUAUUUUAUUUAUUUUUUUGUGCUAUAGGAUUCUGAAAAGGAUGUACGCCAACGUAGAUACGAGGAAGACUACUGUCGCGAGAAAAGGAGGAGUGACAAGAAGGACACUCGAAAGAGCCGUAGUCGGUCUCGAGAGCGCAGCAGCUAUUACAGCUCCAAAGAGAAGUUCAGAGAACCAAGAGAGAAGAAGAGAGACCGCAGCCCAAAGAAGUUUAAGGAGUCUUCCAAAUACAGAGAGAAAGAUUGAGCUAUAUAUUUGUAUUCAAAAUAAUUUCUGUUAAGGAACAUAUUGGUGCAUAUGUUUAUGAGCAGUAUGUUUCAAAACACAUUGAAAAAUGAGGAUUAUCAUUACUUGUUGCAGUGUAUAUGUACGUAUGCAGUUUUCUUUCUUGGAAAAACAGUGCAUAAUAGACACAUUCUGUUAUAUUUGUAAUUUGUGACCUAACUUCCUACUUAAUAUCAUUUUGACAUACGGUAAAAAUGGUGCAAUUACAUUUGUAUUUCAUGCAAUUUUAUAACAAAUCUAUAGACAUAUUUUGUAAUUAUCAGGAAUAUAGUUCCUCUUGUUUUUCAUAAUAAAAAAGUAAACCUACAGUGUGUUGCAGAGGCUCAAAUGUUAAGUGAGAACACUGGAUGCACUUUAGGCACCAUUGAGUUAACAUUGCAUUCCUAUCAUGCAUAUUGGCUUAUUUAAUUGUUGUAGGCUAGUGGGAACGGGGAAUAUAGGUACACCUGGGAGAUUCGGACACCUUAUGUAGGCACCCUGAAGUGAGUUUUUAUGGAAUAAAUUCACUCUGAGCACAUCUGAUAUUACCUGGCAUUCCUAUCAAGUGGUUUAAGUAUAUUUAAAUAUCGUAGGAUGGCAGUAAUAAGUGAAGGGGAUAUAGGUACACUUAGCAUGAUCUCCGAUGUCAUGCAGAGGGUCAUAGCCUCACGAGUCAGAUCUGACUGAGUGGAGGAGCACUAGGC